CAUCAUGGUAGGUGUAGUUUUCUACCUUCCUACUCUCACAGAUAGCGUGUAAUUGAUGCUCUCAUGGGGAAGCCGGUUCUGCCAGUACAAGUACUAGACUCUUUUUUUAUCUGUGUUUAUAGAAUAUGUUGCAGGUGGCAUUGAGUAUAUUUAAAGCAGACACAUAGAGCACAUGAUGCUGCAACUACAAUCCCCCUCUUCCUGUGCGAAUGAAAGCCGAGGCUGGAUAUAAAGGCUCUGUAUGAGCUGGAGAUAAUGCAGCAGGUUGGUUGGGGAUUUUUUUUUUUACUGCAAUAUACGUACGUAUUUAAAUGAGUGUGUUGAAAAACGAAUGACAGUUUGAGACAUGAAAAGAUUGAGAAGAUCAAGCCAUCAUUCCAAAGCAUUCUGAUAGAAGGUACAGUAACUGCCAACCUUCUAAUACAUGAAUUGCAUGAUGUUUGAAUACUGUCACCGUGAAAUCUUAAUUUACUGCUUAUCACAUCUUUCCUACAGUACUACCCCACAUCCUAGUACACCUCAGGGUGUUUUAUGCAGGGCCUUUGCAGACACUCACAUUUUAAAAUAAGGAAAAUCAUUUAAUUUUUUUUUUAAAUGCAUUUUCAAAAACCUUUAUUGCUUCCUUGUGUGAUGGGUUUUUUGUUUUCUUUUAGAGUAUUUCCGCACAUUGAUCACAUUAUUGAGUCCACUGCAUUGGGAUCUUUUAUUGGGCAAUCUAGGGGAAUAUUAGAGAGGUUUUAAUGAAUGGAAUGCUCGUUUUAGAAAUACAAUACCCCUGUCUUCAAUUGAAAACUGCUGCAUUUUGAGUCCCAGACACAUAAGGACAAAUAGUGAAACAAUAGACGAUAACACGUUUUAUAAUUUAAAUGAAUUUACUUAUGACUUGCUGUUUCCUUGAAGCAUUUAUUAAUUUUUCCUGUAGAAUUGUAAUUUCUGUGUAUGGGUGAGUUAGAAUGAUAAAUAUGCUAAGCGGGUAGAGCAAUCUGCAGCAGUCCUUUAGCCGUAAGCUCUUUGCAGAGGGUGCAUGCAGCUUAGUCUGCCCUGCUGAAUAAUUCUUGGCUUUUCAUAAUCCGGUUUUUUUGGGGGGGUCCCAUGUGAAUCACAGACCUCUAUGUUCCUUAUAAUAUACUAUCUUGGGAUCAUUAACAGGAAGCCGCUCUCAUGGAUGCCUCUAGUAGUACUGUGUGUGUGACAAACUAUACAGCUCUGAUGUCUCUGUGAAAUUAAUUUUUUUUUUAUUUUUUUUUGCAUAGGCCUUAUACCCUAUGAGGUAAAUAUGGCAAAUGUUUUAUUUAUAUAUAUAUAUAUAUAUAUAUUUUUUUUUUUUUUUAAUAUGAAGGUAUCACAUUCCUUAUUUUACACACUGUGUAAUAACCUGUUUUCAUGCAAAGAUAAGGAUAAUGAAGUGUUCUACUUUUUAUUUUUCCCCUUCCUCCUGCCCCUCUACACUUUUUUUUUUUUUUUCCCCUCUUCCUUCAAAUGAGAAUAAAAAAAUUCUUUCCUUCCUUCCUUCCCUUCCUCCCUUCCUCCCUUCCUCUUACAUAGGCAGAGGCUUCUAACAUGAACCGAAUCUGUUUACGUGCCCUAAACCUCAGUCCAACAAAUCGGACCAUCCCCAUUCCUAAAACUCUACUAACCCUAAGCAAGGCUACUUCUUAACGCAUGACUUUACUUCAACUUCAUAGCUGCUAUUUAACUAUGUAAUAUGAUACUGAGAUGUGACUAUGAAAAAACAAACCAGGCCUCCCCACCAAACUACUACUUUUCCAGAAUAUUAAUCCACUUUUGCAAAGUUCUGUUUGUGUCCAUUGUCUUCUGAGGAAAAAGGGCCAAAUGUAGUUUUGUAGCUUUCUAGAGGAAUGUUAUUGAACAAGGCAAGGAAUUAGGCCUUGGUUUAGAGGUAGCCAGUUAAUGCUGUAAAGUGGAACUCCAAGCAAACAUAACCACCACUGGAAACACCUAUUUAUUUAAAGGACCACUCUAGGCACCCAGACCACUUCAGCUUAAUGAAGUGGUCUGGGUGCCAGGUCCAGCUAGGGUUAACCCUUUUUUUUUCAUAAACAUAGCAGUUUCAAAGAAACUGCUAUGUUUAUGAAUGGGUUAAGCCUUCCCCUAUUUCCUCUAGUGGCUGUCUCAUUGACAGCCACUAGAGGCGCUUGCGUGCUUCUCACUGUGAUUUUCAUUAUGCAUUAUGAAUGCUUUCCUAUGUGACCGGCUGAAUGCGUGCGCAGCUCUUGCCGCGCAUGCGCAUUCAGCCGACGAAGAGGAGAAGAGCUCCCCGCCCAGCGCUGGAAAAAGGUAAGUUUUUACCCCUUUCCCCCUUCCAGAGCCGGGCGGGAGGGGGUCCCUGAGGGUGGGGGCACCCUCAGGGCACUAUAGUGCCAGGAAAUUGAGUUUUCCUGGCACUAUAGUGGUCCUUUAACUGCUUGGUGUUGCAGCCAAACCACUGCAGUUAGUGGCUAUUCUGCUUAGUGCCACUUUUAAACAUUUUUACAAUUGAGACUAGCGUGGAUGCAUUACAGAAUGAAGUACGCACUGCAGAUUUUUAUAUUUAGUUUUCUGACAGAUCGGUAUAUUAAAGUCUUGAAUGUCGCCUACAAAAGGCCACCAAUGAUUAUUGGGAUAUACGAUUCUAUAGACGUGGUCCUGUUAAUCAAACCUUGAUGUUUACUCACUAUUGAAGGGCACCCACACAUGUUGGGUUGUGUGUGUUUUGAUUUAUAUUGCUCUAAUAGACAGCCACUAGAGGAGGACUUAACCCUGCAAUGUAAAUAUUGCAGUAAACACUUGCAGGGUUAAGGGUAGUGGGAGAUGGCACCCAGACCACUCCAAUGGGCAGAAGUGGUCUGGGUGCCUGGAGUAUCCCUUUUAAACAUGUGUAUCUGCACUCCCCUGUACAUGCAUAAAUGGGGUGCUGCUGGGGGCCACUUUAUACCAUACACAAGAUCCAGCACACUCACUUAUCCACUAAACAGCAACUUCAAUGUUGACAGAUUUUAUUCCUGUUUUUUUUUUGUUUAAAACAAAAUCUAGGCAAAAAUAAUGGGAGUUUAGUAACAUUAUAUGAUCAUACAUUGCAUAAGCCUGCCACAACAUCAAUGUACCCCAUCUUUGGCAGGUUCUUCUCUAACAGCCUAAUGUCUUCCCCUUUUGAGAUUUACCCACUUACUGGGGGGACGAGACUCUCUGCAGUACAAGGCCAAAUAGGGCCCUGGAAUGAGCCACCUGUGACAGGGAGGGGUGCAAAACAAAGGAGAUAUAUAUAUAUAUAUAUAUAUAUAUAUAUAUAUAUAUAUAUAUAUAUAUAUAUAUAUAUAUAUAUAUAUAUAUAUAUAUAUAUAUAUAUAAUUUUGCGCCAGUUUAUUCCAUAUCGCUUUACAAUAAAAGGGAAUUUACCAAAUGAGAUAAUAACAAUAGGUAGCUGAGGACCCUGCUCAAACAUGCUCCCAGUCUAGAGGAGAUGGGCUAUAAAAACACAAUAGGGAGGGUAUUGAGGGAGACGGCAAAUAGACAUUGUGGGAAAGUAGCAGAACUGGAAGUGAUAGUGAAGUGUGUCCCUAUAAAAGAGAGUGAGAGGAAGGUUUGAGAGAGCGAAGUUACUGCAAAACUGCAAUAAUUACACUUGCAGGGUUAAUGGAAGUGGUCUGGGUGCCUGGAGUGUCCCUUUAAGCGUCUUUAAAAAAAAAAAAAAAAUCUGUCAACAUUGAAGUUGCUGUUUAGUGGAUAAGUGAGUGUGCUGGAUCGUGUGUGUGUGUGUGUGUGUGUGUGUGUGUGUGUGUGUAUUUCACAGAUCUAGACAUACAGUUACUGGCAUACACACACACACAUCACAUUUGUAUAGUGCAUCUGCUUCCUGGUGGCCAGUGGUUGCUUCUGCGCGCAGUGAUGCCGGCAAGACUUCAUAUUCUAGUUGCCAGCUCAUUACAGGGCGUGUAGGAAGCAGUGCAGAAAGUGUACACUAAUGUGCUCCCUGCCUCCCUUGCUUCCUAACAGCAACUGGUCAGCAUUGCAAGCGGUUCAAAGCUGCGGGUUAGACACUCCUAGUCUAAACACAGAAAAAAGAGAGCUAGGGAUAUAUACAGUAUGUAUUAUCUAAUAAACAAAUAUAUAUUUAAAAGUCCAAAAUGGUAAAAGUCCAAGUUUUUUUUUCUGUUUUUAGACUUCUUUUACAAUUUUGGAUUUUUAAAUAUAUAUUAUAAUAAAACAUACUGUAUAUAUCACUCUAAGUGUCAAAAUUGUGGUGCUACCCCUAGUGUGUGUGUGUGUGUGUGUUUUUUGUUUUUUUUUUAUUUUAUUUUUUUAUUAUUAUUAUUUCUAUUAGUAGGAAAAGAGGGAUCCCUACUCUUGGUGUUAGCUCUCUUUUCAUUCCCUCUAGUUGGAUAUCUACAGCGCUGAUCCAUCCCUCCCACUCCUAGUCUAAAGCCUAUGAAAGCCCUCCCCUUCUAACUCAGCCCAGACUUUCUGUGGCUAUCUAAUAUGGCUUCCCAUUAGUCUUAAGGCAAUUGCUUGGCAUCUCUGAGCUAAAGUACCAGGGAAUAACAGGACCAGUUGUCUGAAUGUGUUUAAGGUGAAUUUUUUAAUUUUUUAAAGGACCACUAUAGGCACCCAGACCACUUCAGCUUAAUGAAGUGGUCUGGGUGCCAGGUCCCUCUAGUUUUAACCCUGCCGUAAACGUUAAUCCAGCCUCUAGUGGCUGUCUCAUUGACAACCGCUAGAGGUGCUUCUCACUGUGAUUUUCAGUGAGAAGACGCCAGCGUCCAUAGGAAAGCAUUGAGAAUGCUUUCCUAUGGACUGACUGCACACGGCUCUUGCCACACAUGUGCAUUCAGCCGAUGACGUCGGUAGGAGGAGGAGAGACCCCAGCGCUGGAGAAAGGUAAGAUUUUAACACCUUCCUCCCACUUCAGCCUGGCGGGAGGGAGGGCAUAAGGGUGGGGGGACCUAUUAACACUAUAGUGCCAGGAAACGAGUUUGUUUUCCUGGCACUAUAGUUGUCCUUUACGUGUCUAUUUCUAUUAAAAUGUUUGUUUUGUAAAAUAAAGUGCUUAAAGCGUUUGGAGUGUUCCUUGACGCACAAGAGGGUUGUGUUUUUUUUUGUUUAAAGCUUAAUUCACUGUGAUCAGUUGACUCUCAGCCAAUGCGCUGGCACAGGGAACUAGCAGAAACUUUUAGCUCUCCAUGGAAGCUGGGACUGGGGUCUGGGUAUCACAGGUAAAAAGUCAAAGUAUUUGUUAGCAGUUUGACUACUUGUAUUGAGAUGGCACCAGGGCACUCGUGGCACCAUAACCACUACAGUGCUCUGUGUUGCAUGUUCAUAAGAAAAUCUUGUACACAAAGCCAGUUUUUUUUUAUUUUUUUUAAUUUUUUUUUUUUUUAUUUACUUAAAUCAUGCUUCAUGAAACCAUUUACAGAGCUAUGUUCUGCUCUGGAAAGGUGUUUAAUACUUAACCCCUUAAGGUUAAGCUAUGGUCUUCUGACUAACUUUAAUUAAAAACUCAGUUGGUAAACUGUGUGGUGUGGGUGGUUGGACUGCUGAUUCUGUGAAAUCGUGACCUCUUUGAUAUUGUAGAUUGGUAUUAAGCCAAGCUGCAAAGUCUAUGGAAACAUCUGUUUAGUGGCUCCUUGUUCCGUUACUAUAUUAUUGGUUAAAUGUGCCAUACUUUUUUUUUUUUUUUUUUUAACCUGGCAAGGAAGUGAGCAGUGGCGUUCUUUUCAGUGCAAGACAUCCUGAACUUGCACAUUAGCUUUACUGCAAAAAUGUUUUCCUGGAUUUAUGCACUCUAGUGUUUGUUUUUUGUUUUUUAUUCAUUAUUACUUUGAAUUUGUUAGUGGAUGCUGUCUGCUAAUGAGCUAUGUGCUUGGCUUAGGAGUACUAAUGUAAGUUCUUGCUUUCAAGCAAUGCCCCUCUUACUCAAUGAAAGUAAAUCCAUGCAAAAACACACUACUUACAAUAGGGGGUGCAUCAAGACACUCAUGGAACCAUAAUCACUAUAGCAAGCUGUAGUUAUGGUUCUUGUGGGUUGUUUUUUUGUUUUGUUUUUUUGGGGGGGGGGUUCUUUAACUUUAGAUUUUAGUUUCUGAACACAGAUGGUUAAAUGCUCUAAUGUAAUGGACUAUACCACAAAACAACCCAGCCAAGGGUAUUUUUACUGGCCAAUAAUGCCAUUAAUUCAUAGUGUGAGUACUACCUGUUUGUGUAUUUUGAUGUACUUCUUUCUUAUAAAGUCCUCUUUUUUCACUCUGUGCGGCUCCAGUCUCGUUUGGCUGCCUCCUCCCCCUCCCGCAGGACUCCAUCACUCUUCCUCCCAGGCGGCUGAACAGCAAGGGGCCAUGUUGUGCUGCUAAAGUGCAACAGCAUCUGGCCAGGCCCUAUACUGGACAUGUGCUAGCGGGGCUGUAUGUUCUGCAGGCUUGCCUUAAAGGGACACUAUAGUCACCAGAACAACUACAGCUUAUUGGAUUUGUUCUGGUGAGUAGAAUCAUUACCUUCAGGCUUUUUGCUGUAAAAACAACCUAGUGAUAACUUCACUGGCCACUCCUCAGAUAGCUGUUAGAGAUCAUUUGUGGGUCAUGGCUGCCUAAAAUGCAUCCAAACAUUAAGUGUCUCCUCCCUCUGCAUGCAGACUCUGAACUUUCCUCAGAGAUUCAUUGAUUCAAUGAAUCUCUAUGAGGAGAUGCUGAUUGGCCAGGGCUGUGUUUGAAUCAUGCUGGCUCUGCCCCUGAUCUGCCUCCUUGUCUGUCUCAGCCAAUCCUUUGGAGAAGCACUGUGAUUGGAUCAGGCUACCACUUCUGAUGAUGUCAGCAGACUGCUUGUUUUCUGAGUUUAACAGCAUGCAGAGUUACAGCUUCUGGCUUGAAUACAGUAAGAUUUUGCUAUAUUUAUGGAGGCAUGAGGGGCCCAGGGGUGCUAGAUGGUGGUUUUAACACUAUAGGGUCAGGAAUACAUGUUUGUGUUCCUAAACACUAUAGUGAUCCUUUUAAGGAAUCAGUCACCCUCCUCCCCUCCCCCUGGUGUAGUGGGCUAGCAAAAUGAGUUUUUUAUUAGACUGCUUUUGAAGAAGGCAUACAGAACAUACUUAUUACUCUCCCUCCACAUGUUGACUUGCAGAAUUGCACAUCAAUUCUGCGAGCCAACAUGUGAAGGGAGAGUAAGGAGUCUAUUAUGCAUGGCACACGGAUCAGACAAACUUUCAGCAAAAUGUAACACAUGUACUCUUUGAAGAUUUGACUGUGAGUACAUGUUGAAACUUUUUUUGAAAGUUUGUGGGGUUUUUUUGUUUUGUUUUUUCAAAUCUAAUUUUGACUGUUGGGAUUUCAGUGGAAAAAAAUUGAGAACUUUUUUUUAUGAAGAAAGGUUAAUAAAUUUAAAUCUCUAGUUUGGAAAAACAGUGCCUCCGAGGGGAUAUGAUAGCAUUAUAUAAAUAUAUUGAGCCAAUACAAACCAUUUGUCAGGAAAUCUGUUCAUAAACCGAACUAUGAAUUUAGACUGGGGGUUUAAACCAAAUUUGGGGGGGUUGUUUAAAGGGACACUAUAUUCACAAGAACUACAGCUUAAUGUAGUUGUUCUGGUGAGUAUAAUAUCUCCCUUCAGGCAGUGUUUACAUUGCCCCUAGGGACACCGCUAAGUAGCAACUCCUUAGAUGGCCACUGGAGGGGCUUCCUGGUUCAUGGCUGCACAGUAAGCAGCCCUGCCGUUCAGCGUCCCCACGCUCUGCAAGGAGACUCUGAAUUUUCCUCAGAGAUGCAUUGACCUAUAUGCUGGGUUAAACACUAUAGGGUCUGUAAAAUGUCGAAGGUUUUUUUGAAAUAAAGACAAAUCUAACAAGAAAAACAAACAAAAAAAACCACAACAAAUAUACAUUUUCUUUUCCCAUUGAAACCUCACUUUCACAGUGAUUAAAAGGAUCUCUAUAUGGUCUGGAAUACAUGUUUGUGUUCCUGACCCUAUAGUGAUCCUUUUAAUCACUGUGAAAGUGAGGUUUGCCUGGGAAAAGAAACUGUAUAUUUGUUGUGGGUUGGUUUUAUUUUUUUUUUUUUUUUUUGUUUUGUUCUUAUUAGAUUUGUCUUUAUUUCAAAAACUUUCGAUUAUACAUAACACUCUGCAUGAUUGAAAACCACUUGACACCUUGUUAAUUGUGGCAAAGCUAUUCUUAUAAUGUAGUGUUACUAGAAUUUGUGUGUGUAUGUAAAGAAGCCUAACAGUCAGCUUACGAGUAGACAUUGGAAAGGAACACCGUAUUAACCCCUUAAAGACGGAGCCAAUUCUACAAGCCCAAAACCAAACUUAGAAUUUGAGCCAUAGGCUCGUUUAAUCAGAACUUACAGCUUUCAUUUAAAGGAGCACUAUAGGGUCAGGCAUGCUAAUGUGAUUAUUCUUUAAUCUUUAGUGUUAAAAACUAUAAGUGGCUGUCUUCUCCCUUGUUCCCUUAAAAAUGUAAUAAAAUGUAUGCCAGCACUGUGCUGGCCCUGCCUCCUUGGCUAUGAUUCUCAAAAUUGACUCUCAGACAAUCCAAUGCUUUCCUAGGGGUGGACAGCUGGAAAAGCUUUUUUUUUUUUUUUUUUUUUUCCACAUAAAAAUACAACUGUUUUACAGGUUUUGUGGUUUUUGAAAGUUACAGGGAUUAAAUAUUAUGCUUCAUACUUGGAAAUUUUUUCUCAUUUAUCUUUUUUAUUGGUGCAUAAAGGAUCAAACAUUUUGCAGCGCAGUGCAAUUUUGACAUGCCAAACCAGUCACAGGCGCAGCUGUGGAUACCAUGUUUCAAAGAUUUACCCCGCAUAUUCCUCGUGCAAAUCUGAUUUCUUUUUUAUCAUCCAGGAUGAUAUGACCUUGGGUUGUCCGCACCGAGGAGCACUGGUAUUGCGUGCUAUGGUUUGUCCUGCGUUCGUAUUAUGUGUCGGUUCGGUGUGGAUAGGCACAUCUGAUACACUAGCAGCCUUGCAAUAGUUAUAUAACUUUUAACUAGGGGAUAAGGAAGGGGUACAGAAGAAAAAGGGAGGGGGUAAGGGGGGGGGUGCCCUGGACAAUAGAUAUUGCAUUUUGUAGUGCAUUGUUGAAUGUAACCCUGUGUGUGACCCUAUUUCCCCUGAUCAACCUGUUAACUCUCAGCCGGCCAGCUACUCCAUUCUCUGUCAUAUCUCUCACUACAGCCGUUUACUCUGCUUGCCAUUUUCUCAUACUGACUAAUCAGGUCCAUUCUGUUAAUGAUAUUGGGUACAGCUGGUGUUUGAUUACUCUUCCAGCUACCUGCCAACAUUAUUUUUGCUACCGUGAGUAUGUUGAGAAUUACCUUUCUGUGUGUGUGGGAGGCAAUACCGGGUACUAUGUGGAGAAUGUAGUGUUCUGGCUUCAUGGGUAGGAUGAAUCCUGUCUUAUCUAGUAUGAGGGAGUGAACUUUUCCCAAUAGUCUGUUAGUAGGGGACAGGCCCAGAAAAUAUGGAUUAUGGAUCCCUCACUGAUGUUGCACCUCCAGCAUUUCCCGGAUGUGCCCGGGUACAUGUGUGCUAGUCUUUGUGAUACCAGAUACCACCGCAUUAAAACCUUGCAGUAUGCUUCCCAGGUCGUAAGGCUUUGCGAAGCCCGUUUUGUGACUUCCAAAGCUGUCAUCCAGUCUGCCCUGGAGAUCUGGAGACCCAGGUCCCUUUCCCACUGUGUCAUGUAUGGCUGGUGAUCAAUGCUUUGUAGCACGCUGACAGUGGCUUUACAUGCCUGGUGGUGAGUAUCUGUGUCGUUGUUAGGCAGGGUGUGAAAGAGCGACUGGUGAGUUUGCGGAUAUGCGAGUGUACUAUAUUUUUUACUCUGAGAUAUAGAAAGAUAUCCCUCGCUGGCAAGCGUAGGUCUUUUUGCAACUCUGGAAAUAGCUUAACCUUGUCCCCUACUAAGAUGUCCCGAACCCUAUGUGCACCUCCCUCCCUCCAUCAAUCCAUCUUCAGGUCAAGGGAGAGUAUUUCUAAUGAUGUCAGGGGUGCUGAGUGGAAGAGCGAUUUGGGGUCUGCUAUGUUUGGACUCCAUUUAUUCCAGGCCAUCAGUAAGAACUUUGUGCUCUGCAGUUGUUUUCCUGUCGCCACUCGCGUUUGCCCUCCCGCCCAUAGAUAACUUGACAGAUCGUGGGUAUUCAGACAGGCACUCUCCAUUGCAAACCAUAUAGGGCGUCGCAGUGUGCAUGUGGGGCGCAAUAGACAGAGACCCUGUGCUAGAGCGGGCGCCCUGUAGUAAGCCUUAAUGUCUGGCAUAUUCAGACCCCCGUCUGUGCUUGAUAGCCCUAGAGUACCUUUUGCUACUCUCGGGGGCUUCCGCUUCCCUACAUGUGCGUUUAUGGUGCUUUGAUAGAGUUUUAGUAAUUUGGUCGGUAGCGCGAUGGGUAGGGUUCUGAACAGGUACAAAAUGUGCGGCAAGGCCAUCAUUUUCACAAGUUUGAUUCGGCCUAACCAGGACACUUCAAGACCCUCCCAUUUCUCUAGUGUGAGUUUAAGUUUCUGAAUGACCGGGUGAUGGUUUUCCCUUGUAAUGGUUUGGGUGGUUUUCGUGAGUUUGAUCCCUAGGUAUUGUAGGGAGUCCUUCCGCCAAUCGAAUGAGUGUUGUGAUUUUAGUGUCGUUACAGUGGUACUUGGCAGAUUUAUGGGCAGUGCUUGUGUCUUCAGGGAAUUGUUUCUAUAGUAAGAUACCUGCCUAUAUGUGUCAAGUCUAUGUAGGAGUUGUGGUAGAGAGGAUUCUGGGUGUGUUAUAAACACUAAAACAUCGUCUGCGAAUAAUGCCAGUUUCUGUGUGCCACCUGGUGUUUGGAGACCCUGUAUCGCCGAGUCGCUUUUAAUGAGGCGAAUCAAGGGUUCCAGGCUCAGUAUGAAAAUGAGGGGUGAGAGAGGGCAUCCCUGCCUUGUGCCAUUCCUUAUCUCUAUUUGGUUGGAUACGAAGCCUGUGCUGAACACUCUGGCUGUUGGAUGUCGGUAUAAGGCAAGAAUGCUUGCCAGGAUUUUUGGGGUGAACCCCAUUUUGGAUAGUGACAGUGACAUGUAGUCCCAAUGGAGGCGAUCAAAAGCCUUUUCAGCGUCCAGCGCCAAAAUCAGGCCGGACUGAGAUGUUAGAUUUGCCCAAUCUAUAAGGUUCAUAAAAUGUCGUGUGUUGUCCCCCACCUGUCUCCCUGGUACGAACCCCGCUUGUUCUGCGGAAAUUAGAUCCGGGAGUAUCGUUUUGAGCCUCGUCGCUAUCAGUUUGGCAUACAAUUUUGUGUCUGCGUUCAGAAGGGAAAUCGGGCGUAAAUUAGCGCAGUGGGUGGGGGGUUUAUUUGGUUUGGGCAGCGUUACAAUGAAGGCUUCCAGCAUUUCCUUGGGCAUUAUCCCAGAGUCUUUUAUGUUAUUGAAGAGUUUGGUGAGGGGGGUGACCAGUUGUGGGGAUAGUUUUAUGUAAUAAUAGUUUGAUAAGCCAUCUGGGCCAGGGGCUUUGUGUUUGGGUAGGGUCUUAAUGGCGUUCUCUAUUUCUUCCUCUGAGAAGGGUUCUUCCAGAGAGGAGCAUUGUGCGUGAGAUAGACAUGGAAGCUCAACUUGUUCAAUGAAGCGCUCUAUUUCCGAUAUGUUUGGUUGAUAUGUGCUAUGAUCAUUGACUAAUUGAUAGAGGGAUUCAUAAUACCUUGCUAAUUCGUUGACUAUAUCUUGGGGGUUAUAUAAUUUUACUCCUCGUUCCGAGGUAAUGUAGGGAAUUUUUGUUUGUAGUUUGAUUUGAUGGACCUUUCUAGCCAGGAGCUUCCCUGCCUUAUUUCCCAUGGUGUGGUAUGAUUGCUUAAGGGACCGCAUUCUCUUUUAGCUGAAGUGAGUUCAGUUUUGCUCUAAUUCCUGCUACUUUUUCGUGUGUGCUGCUUGUGGGAUUCCGUUUGUGUGCCUCUUCAUUUGCAAUUAAAUCUUGUUCUAAUUGUGUUUUAUCGUUGUUAUGUUGCUUUUUUGCCCUCGCCCCUAAUUGAAUUAUGCUACCCAUUGUGUUGUUAUUGACGUCUGGCAUUUUUCGUGGUUCUUAAAGUAAUCCUCUGCCUGGGCUCGUAUCUGGAUAAGAUAUUCAGGGAUGUCGAGAAGGCGUUCGUUGAGACGCCACGUACCUCGUCCCCUAGCCGGGUAUGGGAUCUGUAUUGUUACAAUUUGUGGCGCGCGAUCGGACAUAAAUCUAUUCUGGUGUGUCAUAUGAACGGGCGAGUAAUAGGUGAAAUCUCUCUCUUGUGGGUGUAAAUUUCGCCACGUGUCAUAAUAAUCGUGUUCGUGCAUGAGUCUGCUUAGAUGUUGGCCUAAGGCCAAGGAGGCUGGUUUUAACGAUUCAUUGUUAACCCUUCUGAUGUCUAGGGAGGGGUCGGGAGUGCAAUUAAAGUCCCCGCAAAUUAUGGUGUGACCCUCUCUGUAUUGUGCUAUUAUACGGAAGGUCAUGUUUAAAAAGGUUUUCUGCGAGUCAUACGGUGCAUAUAGCGAGACUAAGGUCAUUUUUAGGCCAUUCAGCGAUCCCACCAAGAUCAGUAACCUCCCAUCCCGUCUGGCGUAUUGUUUGGAGAGGGCGAACGCCCAGUCGUUAUGGAAAUAUAAGGCUACUCCCCUGGAUUUAGUCGGAGCUAAGGCGUGGUAGCAUUGAUUAUAGUGUUUAACAUUGAAUUUCGGUGGGUUCCGGGCGCAAAAGUGUGUUUCCUGCAAACACACUAUUGCUGCUUUAGCCUUGAUCAUUUCCUGUGCCGCCAUUCUGCGCUUGUGGGGACUAUUAAGGCCUUUCACAUUCAGGGUUAAAAUUUUCAUAGCAUUAGCCAUUCUAAUUCUUUUGUAGGAUGCAUAUAUGGUGCGUACGUAUUCGAGUGGUUGUGUUCAGCGCCUAUCUUUAGUAUUGCCCAGAGGCGGGGAAAGAGAGGGGUAAACAACAAUAACAAAAUGAAGUAUGUACAUAGCGCCAUUCGUUUUUUCAGCGCUUUACUUGAAUUGAGUGCGAGCCGGGCAAACAGUCCCGUCUCUGCUCUCAAGUCCUAGGGGUUCGUCUGACGUAGAGAGGCCGGCAUUUACGACCUCUGUCAGGACUAGGUGAACCGCCUUUCUCGCAAGAGUAUUCUGCCCCUGUGAGACGGAGAUUAAAAGUACCUGGCCCUUUGGAUGUAUGGGAGUGUACCUUAGGCUAUAUAUCUAUCUAAACUUUUGCUUGUUACCGUUUUAAUCCGCCUAUCCGUUUGUGUGGGUGUCUGGGACUUUCCUUUGUUCUGAUGAUCCCCGGCUCAUGUUGUACUCAUCCCCGAAAACCUUAGGUUUCUCCCUUCUCAACCUGAUUUUGUCUCAAAUGGGUAUUGCUAGCACUGUAGUGUUGUAGGUCUAGACAUGUGUGCAUAUGCAUUAUACUCACAACACCUUGUCAGUUUGUUUUGCAAAAAGCAAGCAGGACAGUCACUAUGAGACACUAUCACAGUCUUAGUUGGAAGGGCCCAGUGGACUUUUAAGGUAGAGAGGGUGACCCCGCCAUCUGCCAUUCUCUCUGGACGGCUUGGCGAUUCUGCCGGCGUUUUUUCUGGUGAGCGUAACGGAAAGAGACCCCAUUCCUUUAGAAGCCGCAUGCCCACCUCCGGUUCGUUUGCUGUAUGUGAUCUUCCGUUCCUCCAGACAAUUAUCUUGGUCGGAUAUCCCCAGCGAUAUUGAAUGUUGUUGUUCCUCAGUGUUUUUGUAACUGUUAUAAACUCUCGUCUCCUGCUCAUGGUCAAGGCCGAGAGAUCUGCGUAUAGCUGGACAUUUUCAUAUGGUGUAGGCAGAUUUGUUCCUUUUCUAGCCGCCGCCAGUACUGCGUCCUUUGUUUUGAAGUAGUGGAAACGCACGACUAUGUCUCGCGGCGUAUCUGGUGUUAGCCUUUGGGGCCUUGGUAGGCGGUGCGCCCGGUCCAUAAGCCAUUCUGCGUCUGGUAUUGUUGGGACCAGGGAUUUGCAUAUGGACAUUAUGCUCUCUGCGAGGUUGUCGUUUGUAACGGAUUCCGGGAUUCCUCGGAACCUGACGUUGUUUCGCCUUGAGCGAUCUUCCAUGUCGGCCAUCUUCUUUUUAAGGGACAUGUGUUCUUCAGUUAGGUGCUGUACAGCUGUCGCCAAUGUGUCAUGUGCCGAGCAUAGCUCGUCUUGUCUGGCUUCCAGGCUAUUGGUUCUCUCCCCCAAUUCUGAGAUUUCCUUUUUAAUAUCAUUAGUAGCCUGUGUCAGGUCUUUUUGCAGCGUUGUCCUGCAGCAUGGAGAAAAGCUUUCUCUCUGUAACUGGAGCGUCUGUAUAGGUGCCUGCCUCAUGAUCCUGUUCUUGUGUGGAGUCUGAGGCUUGGGAUAGCGCGGGUCCGUCGCCGCCAUCUUGGGUGGACCGGGAUCUAUCUUUUUUUUUUGUUGGCGGAUUGGAUCUGUGAGCUUCAUUUGUUUAGCAGGGGCCAUCACAGCAGUAGUAGGUAUGUACCUUUAUUUGUGUCGUUUUUCGAGCGGUAUGCUUCAAGAUAUCAGGCUUAGAGAUCAUAUGCCGCCGGGAGCUCUCACGCCAUGCGGCCGCUCACUUCAGCCGUCAGCCCCGCCCCCCCAUACUUGGAAAUUUUAAUGAAAGUGAUUUUCUGGGCCUAUGUCACCUUUUGAGAGAGCAUGGCUGCUUAGAUCGUAACAUUUCCACCAUAUGCUCAACCAAGCGUAUUCUAUAUGCUGUGUCUGGAGGUGAUUGGUCCAGCCACUUCAUCUCAAAUACAGAGAGGUUUCUUUCUUUUUUUUUUCCUCUUUUUUUUUUUUUUUCAUUUUCAAGGACAUUACAUAAACCUGACCAUGUACUGGUUUUUGUGGAAGUCACCGGGCCAAAUCUAUUAGAUGCCCUUUUUACUUGUAUAUUUGAGUUAUUUUCAUGGUUUAUGUCACCUUUUCGAGCAUUGAGAAAACUACAUGUACACAUAAAAAUGAUCUGAAUGAUUGAAUAGAAGGCUUAAUGUCAAAAUGUGCAGACUUUCAGCUGUUUGCAAUGAACAAAUCAAAUCAAACCAAACCUAUUGAAAUAGCUCAACAUAACAAAUGCUUCAACUGAAAAUGACAUCUCCAGUCUCAUUUAUUAUUCAACCCCCUGAAAAGAAUCGCCAACAUCACAAAUAUGAAAAAUGGGCGUCUCAAACACACCUGAGGCAACGUGGGUGCCUCCAUCUUGGCUCCCUGUUAAUCACCAUCUGUAUUUUGUACCUGUAGUCAGCAUACAGAAAAAUUUGAAGGAACGCACCAAAACAAUAACUAAUAAAUUAAAGGACCACUAUAGGCACCCAGACCACUUCAGCUUAAUGAGGUGGUCUGGGUGCCUGGUCCAUCUAGGGUUAACCCAUUUUUUUCUAUAAACACAGCAGUUUCAGAGAAACUGUUAUGUUUAUAUUAGGGUUAAUCCAGCCUCUAGUGGCUGUCUAAUUGAAAGCCGCUAGAGGGCUUCCGCGUUUCUCACUGUGAAAAUCACAGUGAGAAGACGCCAGCGUCCAUAGGAAAGCAUUGUGAAUGCUUUCCUAUGGACUGGCUGAAUGCGCACGCAGCUCCUGCCGCGCAUGCGCAUUCAGCCGAAGAGGAGGAGAGCUCCCCGCCCAGUGCUGGAGAAAGAGAGGUAAGUUUAACCCCUUCCUCUCCCCAGAGCCCGGCGGGAGGGGGACCCUGAGGGUGGGGGCACCCUCAGGGCACUAUCGUGCCAGGAAAACGAGUAUGUUUUCCUGGCACUAUAGUGGUCCUUUAAGUUAUGUUGGUGCCAGGAGGCCCCCAGAGAUACACUUGCCUGCCAGGGGAGCGGUAGAGACCAGCACUGGAGGCAACUCUGGGGUUGAACUGUUCAAGAUGUUUAACCACUUGAGGUAAAAGUGCCUCUGGAGUCCUGCCACCAAAACAACUUAAUUCUGAUGAAGUUGUUUUGGUGCCUGGAGUAUCCCUUUAAACAAUAUUUCUAUUUCUGCUCUGUCUGCAAUGUGUGCCCUGUCUUUAAAAUAAAAUGGAGCAGCUCCUGAAAGAUUAGUCCAUGGUACCAUUUUAGUCCAUGGUAUUAAGUCCAGAGAAAUGACCGUUCCCUUUUUGUUAGGGUUUUUUUUUUUAUCUUGCCUAAAUUUACUUUUUCGCACUUAAUUGCUCACUAAUGCUUUUUUUAAAAAAAGAACAUUGAUUUAUGAGCUGUCUAUUCUUGCAGUAUUUGCCUCAUUGGAUUAUUAUAACUUCUCUAGCUGCAGUUUUGUCUGUUUUGUUUAAUUCCGUAUGGGUUUUGUUUUUUGUUUUCUGCUUUCUAAUGAAGGAAAAUCCCAUGAAACUAAUGCCAGAAAGAGGUUUGCUGCAUGUUCCAGCAUUAAAUAUUUGAAGUCCCAGCAGCUGGUCCUGAGUGGGUGUAUCACAGAAACAACCUUUACAAUCACUAGCGUAUUUUUCCAAUCCAAUGUUUGUGAUGAAGCAAAUCUUCGUACCAUUAUUAGGACAAUUUGUUCUUAUGUUGAUAUUGCUCAGCCAAAAAAAUGAGCUUGUGUUAAAAUAUCUCUCUGUCUCUCUCCCUCCCUCUCCUAAUUGAGUGAGACAUUUUUUUUUAAUUUUUUUUUUUUGUUUAACCAUUUGAGGUGAAAUGUAUCUUUCUUAAUGCCUACCAUGCAUCUCUUAAUACAGAUUAAAGGACCACUCUAGGCACCCAGACCACUUCAGCUUAAUGAAGUGGUCUGGGUGCCAGGUCCAGCUAGGGUUAACCCAUUUUUUCAUAAAUAUAGCAGUUUCAGAGAAACUGCUAUGUUUAUGAAUGGGUUAAGCCUUCCCCUAUUUCCUCUAGUGGCUGUCUCAUUGACAGCCACUAGAGGCGCUUGCGUGCUUCUCACUGUGAAUGCUUUCCUAUGUGACCGUCUGAAUGCGCGCGCAGCUCUUGCCGCGCGUGCGCAUUCAGCCGACAGGGAGGAGAGAAGGAGGAUCGGAGGAGGAGAGCUCCCCGCGCAGCGCUGGGAAAAAAGGUAAGUUUUUACCCCUUUCCCUUUUCCUGGUACUAUAGAGGUCCUUUAAGCAAGCCACUCUAUGUAGUAAUGCAGAUUUCGCAUUACUACAUUCCAUUUCGCAUGGAAUCCAUAUGAUUAGCAUCUCAUAGCAAACCUCUGAACAUACAAAGUUUAACCCCUAUACUGUCAACAGUUUCCAUGUAUUCUUAUGCACAAAAUGUAGUUCAUUGACUGAGCACAAUCCGAUGACACUCUCAAACCAUGAAUGAGGGGACUGAUCAUUAAAUCUUCUGCAGCUCUGCAGAAGCCAUGUCAUGGGACCCUGUGAGACUGGUGGGACCCAGGUAAAAUGGUUUGUCCCAUUACCAGGGAAUUUAGCCAAUGCCCUUUUCACAUUCUGCUGUAGGGGUUAAUGUACUUGAAGUACCGUAACCCUUUAAAGGAACAUUCUAAGCAAUCUAACUAAUACAACUCUACGCAAUGGUUGUAGUGUAGUGUCUCAGCAUUGGUAGACUGAGAUCGCUGUGCUAAGCCAUACCUUUGAUUUGGACAAGAUUGUAUUUGAUAAUGUGAAAAUUACACUUGUGUAUUAUUGGUCUAGCUGGGCCAAUUGUCUCCAUGUGCCAUGGUGAGCCCCUGUUUUUUGUUAAAGGACCACUAUAGUGCCAGGAAAACAUACUCGAUUUCCUGCCCCCACCCUCAGGGUCCCCCUCCCGCCCGGCUCUGGAAAGGGGAAAGGGGUUAAAACGUACCUUUUUCCAGCGCUGGGCGGAGAGCUCUCCUCCUCCGUUCCGCCCCGUCGGCUGAAUGCGCACGCGCGGCAAGAGCUGCGCGCGCAUUCAGCCGGUCACAUAGGAAAGCAUUUACAAUGCUUUCCUAUGGACGCUUGCGUGCUCUCACUGUGAAAAUCACAGUGAGAAGCACGCAAGCGCCUCUAGUGGCUGUCAAUGAGACAGCCACUAGAGGAAUAGGGGGAAGGCUUAACCCAUUCAUAAUUAUAGCAGUUUCUCUGAAACUGCUAUAAUUAUGAAAAAAUGGGUUAACCCUAGAAGGACCUGGCACCCAGACCACUUCAUUAAGCUGAAGUGGUCUGGGUGCUUAGAGUGGUCCUUUAAAGCACUCUCGUGGUUUGACAAAAAAAUGGAACAUGGCAAUAAAAAAAUCCAGGCAGCAUAAAUCUUACACUGAGCUAGAUAUCAACCCAAAAGCUUACCUCUGUUGUGUAGUGGUGGUUGUUUUUAAACAUCACGUGUCUACCUUUUGUUAUCAUGGCUUGAUGUCCUGAUAAUGAAUCUAGACUGAACUUUCAAAAGAAACUUGCAUUUAAGCAAAUCUAUAUAUUAAAAAAAUCAGUCGAAUUGCAUUUACUCCUGUUGUUGUGAAAAUGUGUGAAGCAUACAGUCACAUGGUUUUCAGAGAAAAGGCAGUAUUUACAUUGUUGCCUAUCAACACUUCUAGUGAAAGUCACUCAGACUGCCUCUAGCGUGCAUCCUGGGUCAGUGCUGUACCUACAUUUAGCGUCUCGACGCUCUGCAUGGAGGCGCUGAAUUUUCCCUAUAGAGAUGUAUUCAUUCAAUUAAUCUCAAUGAGGAGUUGCUGAUUGGCGAAGCAUGGCGUUUUAAUAGCUUCCUAAUGCUUUCCUAUGGGAAGGCAUCGGAUUGGCUGAGAUCAAGAUUGCUGAUCGCAGUCAUGGAGACGGGGCCAUCUGCAGCUAGACAAUAUAGUGUGGGGGGGGGGGAGGGGGAGAUGAGUAAAAGCCCCCUUACCCAUGUGACUGGAGGGGGACCAGUCACUGACACACUCACAUUCUGUCACUGCAAUAACACACAUAAGGUGACCACCCAGCCUCCAUACCUGGAGCUGGAGUUAUCCGGCUUUCCCUGAGGUCCAGUGGGGCUUCAGUCAUCUCCCUGCUCUGCUCCAUAAAGCGCUGUUUAGUAAUGACGUCAUGGCGACCUGGAAUCUGUCGAGCCCUGAUGUAGCAAAACUCACCUCUGGAGUGCAUUGGCAAGUAAGGCCUUUAUAGUGGUGUAGGACUUGAGUUUUCAAAAUAUAUAGGUGUGUAUGUAGAAAGAGGUAUAAUUUUAUCUGUAUUUUAAAAGACCAAAGAGAUUUCUAUUCCGAAUGGUCAUCCAUCCUUGACUUAAUAGUUUUUGCUUUAAAAUGACCAUGUAGAAAAAGAUUUAACAAAGCGCCAUGGACAGCUAUGUCGACUCUAGACAUUUGAUUUACAAACUGACUGUGUCAGGCACCAGAGGUGAAUCAUGUGUUUAACAUUCUUUCAGCUGGUAUAUGUCUCUAAAGGUGUAAUUUAAAUGCUCACCUGUUUACUUAAACAUAACUUCUCCAAGUCCAGUCUCCAACACUGAAUGUUACAAAUAAACAAAGUGGUGCAGAAAACCUAUACAGUUUUCUGUAGAGUCCUAUGCAAAUAGAUGUUAAGAUGGUCUCAAGGUGCUCUCUAUUUAUCUUGCUCCUCCGCUCUGGGUCACAAUCAUUUCCUUGCAUUGUUAUUGUAAUAUAAGUCUGCUAUUGACACAGCAAAGCCUAUUUUUUUUCUUUUUUUCUCAUAUCAAAACCAGCAUGACAUUGCCUUACAAAAGUUUCUGGAAGCAGGGCAAGGUGUACUCCUGACACUAUAUAGUGGGCUGUUGUGAUUAUGGUGCAUGGAUUGGUCUUUUAAAUUCUGAUUUGGCUGGCAUGUUACAGAGAUUCAAUUUGUUGUCUUUCAAUUACUUUUUAUUUCACAAGGAUAUUAGAAUACAUUUGUAUUUGUUAAAACUAUUAAAUGAUCUUUUGUGGCGGAGCUCCCUGUACCUCCGCCAAGCUUGUUUCCUAAUUGGAACCAGGAAAUCUGAAGAACUUCUGCCCCAGUCACUGCAGCAUCACUGGGUUAUUUUUUUUCGUACUCUUCCACCUGACCUGGCUGCAGUUCUCCUUCCAGGCAGGUAUCGUCACCUCUGCAGCUCUGCUUAGUGCCUGUACACGGGCACUUGUGACUCUGAGGCCUAGCUUUCUUAAUUUAUCCCAGGGCUAGAGGGAUCAUUCAACCAGCCAACAGGUCCUACAACUGUUCUGUAUGGAUUUUUAGGGAUCCCAGUGACAAAGUUCCAAUAGGAGUUAACAUGCAUUACUUUAUUUUAACAUACAUUGCUGUGACAAACGUAAUUUUUAAAUAACCUAAAUGUCACAAAAUAUGCAAGAAAUUAUAAUGGCAUAAUAUAUUUUAUAAAGGGAUGGGAAAGUAAUAUCUCAAAAUAUCUCUCCUGCCUGCAGAAACUGCAAUAUGCAAAUCUAUCUGGAUAUGCAAAUUAACCCCCUUAAGGACCAAACUUCUGGAAUAAAAGGGAAUCAUGGCAUGUCGCACGUCAUGUGUCCUUAAGGGGUUAAAGGACCACUAUAGGCACCCAGACAACUUCAGUUUAAUUAAGUGAUCUGGGUUCCAGGUCCAUCUAGGGUUAACACUGCCUGCUGUAAACAUAGCAGUUUCAGAGAAACUACUAUGUUUACAUAUGGGUUAAUCCAGCCUCUAGUGGCUGUCUCAUUGAAACUGAUAUUUAUUUUAAAAAAAGGGUUUAGGGCGGCAAAAAUCCUUGCUUGUGUGAGCUGUACAGGGCCGGUGCAAACAGCUGAUAAACUGGCCGCACGGAGGAAAAGUGGGGUGGGGCUAAGCAAAAUUGGGGUGGAGACAAACUGGCACUGGGGGCGGGGUUUAAUAUGGGCCUUACCCACUGCUGUUAGGAGGUGCAGCAAGAUGGAAUCUCUGCUUCUCCACAGGCUUCAGAGAAUCCAGUCCUCCUCCAUCCCACUGUCUGUAAGUAAGUGUGUGUCUGUGUGUGUGAGAGACUGUCUGUGUGUAACUGUCUGCCUGUAACUGUGUAUGUGUGUGUGUGUGUGUGGGGCUGCAGGAGAUUUGUGGAAGGGGGUUGCGGGGGUUUUGUAGACGGGGCAGUACAGGAUUUGUAGAAGGGGCAGGACAGAGGUUUUGUAGGAGGGGCUGACAGCGGUUUUGCAAAGUUUACAAAUUGUAAAAAGAAAACCUUUUAAAAAAAUUUACAGAUUUUUCUUUUUGCGGGGGGGGUUCAAAACACAGGAUCCGCCCCGCGUGCCAAAUGCUCUAGGUACGCCCCUGUGUGUAUGUAUGUAUGUAUGUAUGUGCAGGGUACAUUGUGCUGCUGAAAGAGGCCACUGCUAUCAGGGAACACCAUUGCCAUGAAAAGGGGUACAUGGUCUGCAGCAAUCUCUAGGUAGGUGUCAAUGUAUCAUCCACAUGAACAUAAUGCUGCUUCUGGCUGAGUGUUUUGUAGUUUUUUUUUCUCCAGGACACGCAUACGGCCCUUCACCUGAUCUAAAAGUGAUUUUCAUCCUCCUUCUUCCCUCAGUCCUGGUCCAGUUCUGAUGCCCACGUCCCCGUUGAAGGUUCAUUCAGCGGCGGGCAGGGGUCAUCAUGAGCUUUCUGUCUGUGUACGGGGCAGCAUAACUACAGAUCAAAUUGUGAUGCACUGUGUAUUCUGACAUUUUUCUAUCCUGGCCAGCACUACAAUUUUUUUUACAUUUUUUUUUUUUUGCCGUUUGAGCUUCAGUAGCUCUGCUGUGUGAUUUAAUACAUGUGGGAAGUGAUGGGCUAGCCUGUCUGCUCCAAUGAGCCUUGGACGCCCAUGUCCCUAAUAUUGGCUGACCAGUCGUCCUUCCUUGCACCACUCUUGGUAGCUACUAACCACAGCAUAUUUUGAACUCCCAACACGACUUGUCGUUUUGGAGAUGCUCAACCCAGUUGUCUAGUCAUCACUACUUGGACCUUGUCAAAAUCACUCAUCUGUAUGACCACACUAUCUAAGGUGCAUGGGGGUGUGUUGGGAAGUGUAGAACACACUGGAACAAGUUACAAACAUUGGUGUUAGGAAUUUAAAAAUGUAAUGUUUAGGUCCCCAGCCCCCCUCAAAGUGCAUUAAAAGGUGAGCUUUACUUAUCUUUUCUCCAUUGCCAUGCCCGUCUCACUGCUGCUGGCCCUACUCAUAGCUGAGAUCAACAAUCUUGAUGACCUUGGCAAAAUGCAGUGCUGCACCAAUCCGUAUCUCCUCAUGGAGAUGUAUUGAAUUAACAUGUGUCUAUGGGGUUCAUUCAGCAUCUUCCUGCAGUGCGUGGAGACACUGAACAUAGGUGCAGCACUGGACAAGGAAGCCCCUCUAGUGGCAGUCACUCAAACAUUGCCUUUUCUCUGAAAAACCCAUAGACACCAGGGCCACUACAUUAACCUGUAGGGGUUCUGGUGACUAGAGUGUACCUUUAACAAACCAGCGUUAAGAAAAUGACUGGUGUGUAUUAUUGUCUGUUUCCGUGUUACAUUAAUCUUUUUUACUUUGAGGAGUAUACAGUGCUUUGUAUAAUGAGCAAUGCUGAUCUGCUGGGACGACUUUGUCCUCGAUCAAAUAUUUCAUCUCUAAUGCACAUGUUAAGUGCUACAUUAAUAGCUGCUAACAUGAUACCCAGCACUGCAGCCAAGGAAGCACCAGCCGCAGUAUGAUGACAAAGGAACUUCCAGCCUCUGCUUCUUGUAGAUUAGUGUGUGCAUGUUCUUUAGACUGACAUCCCCCAAACAUGCCAGCAGAAAUCAAGUAACGUGUGUGUAUAUCUCAUUUAUUUUUCACUUGCCUGAAUCUGAAGGUAAAUUGAACCCUGUAUUAAAAUAAACGUCAUGCAAGUUUCUAAAUACAGGCUGACCACUGGAUUCAUCACUCAACUUUGGCGAUAUCAUUAAAAAAUUUUUUAUUUAUGCGGCUUGUUUUUUGGGUGCAUAAGACCAUUCUAACUGCUGGGACAUUUGAGGUUGGUGGUUGUGAGAUACAGAUGCCUGUAAAUCUGCUAAGGACUCUGUAGUUAAUAAUGCAAUGUAAUUAUAAUGCAUACAAAUGGCCUGGAGGGUUGUAUUGCAUACUAAUGCGAUUCUCUCCAGUACGUUCUGAUUUAAAUCUUAGAUAGCAUUCCAAGUGCUGCACAGGAGGGAAGCACUAGUCCUAGCAAUACUUUGAGAUUUACCAAAGGGAUAUUACAUGCAGAAUGUGUAAUGUAAGGGUAUUUUUUCUUACUGCCAGUCUUAUUUAAUAUAACCAGUUACCAAUUAAGAAAUAUUGUCAUUUAUAUAUUGUAAUACAAAAAUAUCUAUAGAACUGUUUUGUAUUAAAAAUAAAAUAUUAUUAUUAUUAUUAUUAUUAUUAUUAUUAUUUAUAUAGCGCCAACAAUAUUAUUAGAGGGGGGAUUUGACUAUAAAUAGGACAAUUACAAGAAAACUCAAACGAGCUUACAGUCUAUAGGAGGUGGGUUAUAAAACACAUUAGGACAGGGAAUAGAAAUCAAAAUAGGUGGGAGUGAAGCAGAGCUGGAGGAGAGAGUAGAGUGGUGCCCUUUAGGAGAGAGCAAGAGACAGGUAUGUGAGGUAGAGGUUCGUCUGGGAGGCCAUAGGCUUUCCUAAAGAAAUGAGUUUUAAGGCACUUCUUAAAUGAUUGAAGACUAGGAGAGUCUGAUCCCUAAGCACCAUAGCCAUACUGUCUAGGUACCGAUGACAAACAGAAUAAUCAAACGUAUGAGAAAUACUAGACAGGUGAGUACUAGACUAUUCUAUGCAUUGGGUGACUGGCUAGAUAACUAAUAGUGGAUGAACUUGUAUAUAAAAAAUACUGCUGAUCUUGAUGGUCUAGAAAAGACCACUGGAUCCCGACUCUCUCUAUCAUAUUACAGCUCUGCACAAAGUAAAAGAAAUAAGACUGAUGCGAACAGUAACCUUUAAGGGCAUAUAAAUGCAAGGUGGUAUCAACUAGCAUUACAGACAGCCCAAUGUUAAACGGGUUAUGUGGUUAAGAUAGUGGUUGAUGCACCAUGGUAAUGCCCAGAGCAACUUUCAGCCAAGGCUGGCCAAUGUUUAAAGGCACAGGAGCAAAUGUGUAGGCUUCACCCGGAGGAGGCCCUGUCAUCCUCCGCCUCUUGCUUCUUCACUCUCCCUUCUGAUGUGUAGGUAGUGCUGCCUAAAUUUAGGCUUCUAGUUUAGCCCAAAAGUAGUGGAAAAAUAUAUAGUCACUGCAUGAUUGGAUCAGUUGGCUCAUGCCCAUGUGGGGGUGCAUCCACCAUAUAGAAUAGUUUUUAUACUGAAAAAUGUUUUCCAGUCAUCCUUUCAGCUUGUGUUCCUGCUACAAUGCUUUCAUCAAAAACUGUAUUUUUAUGUAUUUUACAUUAAUAUUUAAAGGAGCACUAUAGGGUCAGGAAAACCACCAUCUAGCUCCCCCUGGCCAUCUCUUGCCACCCUAAAUAUAGUAAAAUCUUGCUUGUAUUAAAAGUCUGCAGCUGCUACCUCUAUAUUUGUGUUCCUGCUGCCUGUGAACUGCCUCUGCCUGCUGACAUCAGAAGUGGUAGUCUAAGCCUAUCACAGUGCUUCUUGAUGGGACUGGCUGAGACUGUCAAAGGGGCAGAUCCAGCACAAUUCCAACACAGCCCUGGCCAAUCAGAAUCUCCUCAUAGAGUUGAAUUGAAUCAAUGAAUAUCUGAGGAAAAUUCAGUGUCUGCAUGCAGAGGGAGGAGACCUUAAAUGUUUGGAUGCAUUUUAUGCAGCACUUCCCCAGGAAGCCACUUUAGCAGCCAUCUAAGGAGUGGCCAGUGAAGCUGUAAUGUAAACACUGCAUUUUCUCUGGAAAGACAGUGUUUACAGCAAAAAGCCUGAAGAAAUGAUUAUACCCACCAGAACAAUUGCAAUAAGCUGUACAUAGUUACAUAGCUGAAAAGUGACUUGCAUCCAUCAAGUUCAGCCUACCUCACAUUUGUUUUUUGCUGUUGAUCCAAAAGAAGGCAAAAGCCCAGUUUGAAGCAAAAUUUUGCAGCAUGCUAGGAAACAAUUGCUUCUUGCCCCAGAAUGGCAGUCAGAUUUAUCCUUGGAUCAAGCAGUUAUUACCCUACAUUGAAAAAUUAUAUCCUUGAACAGUCUAUUUUUGCAAGUAUGCAUCUAGUAGCUGUUUGAACAUCUGUAUGGACUCUGAUAAAACCACUUCUUCAGGCAGAGAAUUCCACAUCCUUAUUUUUCUUACAGUAAAAAAAACCUUUCCUUUGCCUUAGACGAAAUCUUCUUUCUUCCAGUCUAAACGCAUGACCUCGUGUCCUAUGUAAAGUCCAGUUUGUGAAUAGAUUUCCACACAAUGGUUUGUAUUGGCCCCGAAUAUAUUUGUAUAAUGUUAUCAUAUCCCCUCUCAGGUGACUUUUUUCUAAACUAAAUAGGUUUAAAUUUGUUAACCUUUCUUCAUAGCUGAUAUGUUCCAUUCCUUUUAUUAAUUUUGUAGCCCGCCUCUGCACUUUUUCUAGUUCCAUAAUAUCCUUCUUUAGAACAGGUGCCCCAAAUUGCAAAGCUUAUUCACUAUGUGGUCUUACCAGUGAUUUAUAAAGAGGCAAAAUGAUCUUCUCGUCCCCAGAAUGAAUGCCCUUUUUCAUGCAUGACAAUACCUUACGGCCUUGGCCACUGCUGAUUGACAUUGCACAUUGUUGCAUAGUUUGUUGUCUAUAACAAUUCGCAAGUCCUUUUCGCAUUUUGUUAUCCCUAAUUCGCUUCCAUUAAGGGUAUACGUUGCUUGUGUAUUCUUUACGCCAAAGUGCAUAACUUUGCCUUUUUCAACAUUAAAUUUCAUCUACCAUUUGAGUGCCCAGUCCCCCAGUCAAUCUAAAUCCCUCUGCAGCAAAGAAAUAUCUUGCUCACAUUGCAGAUGACACAAAACUUUGUAAAAUAAUAGAAACACUGAAACUUGACUUUCAAUGCUGUCUUCAAGAUUAUUUAUAAGCAUGUUUGUAACGGCACCCCCAGGCAUAAAAUGGUUAAACUGCUGUUUAGUAGAUCUUCCCUUCCAGAGACACAGGCACAGCUACUGCAGAACACCAAUCCGCCGAACAGGAAACCAUAUGAAUGCCGUAAACAGCCGAAUAAGAAAAACCAUACGAAGAGGUUUACACUCCUAGCAGUCGAACUUGAACAACAUACAAUAAAUCCCCCCCCAAGAACGAGACAAGGCUCCGUUUUGAGGGUCAAGCAGGAACAGACAGAGCUGUGGGUUUAUUGUUCUUAUGUACACAUUCUUACACAUUAGUACCACCCACAGGGUUUUGGAAAACAACCAAUAAACACGUACAUUACACUCAGACACUCCCACACAAAAUCCUCCCCUCUGCCUGUGAUACAAUUACAUUACACAAUGGGUAAUGUAAUUAUCACAGCCAGAUAAAUACAGUUUUUCCACAUUAUUCAUAACUUGAAAAGUAUGCAUUGCAUUCACAUAAAACUUACAUUUUCAGAAUCGGCAUACUCCAGAUACAAACAUACAUCAAAAUCAUACAAAUUGGUCCAGUGGUUCAAAAGAUAGAUCGAAGUCCUUUGUGACCAAAUGAAGCAUGGCUUUUCUGCCCAAAACCAGUUCAACAGAGUCUUCUAUCCUGGAGAUAAUUGGGAAGUAAUCCAAUUCUCUCCAAGGACAGAGGCAAAACUCCAUUAAGCACAUGGCAGUAAAAUACAAUAAAAUAAACAAGGUUACAUUUAUUACAUAAAAUACAGACAUGCAACAUAUCCCCAGAUAGCUUAGGUCUGAGCGCACAUUAUUACUGAAUGGCGCUCAGACCACACAUACAGUUCAGUCGCCAUGGAGCCAAAGUCUUUAUUACACGAAUAGGCUCCAUGGCAUAGCUAUCUGGGUUAAAUGAGUUUAUUCAGUAAAUCCGAGAAUCUACCGAAUGCCAGGGCAGAAAUGCAGGAAUAGACCUUUCUGCAUAGGAAAAUAAAGUAUUUAAAUGCCGGUCCAUAGUCGAAAGGCAGCAGGCAGGCAACCAGGCUCUUCCAAUGCACAGUGGCAAAAUUGGUCUCAUCACAAUGUUAAAUAGUAGGGGUUCCAGAACAGACCCCUGAGGGACACCACUUGCCACCUCUGUGAAAAUUUACCAUUAAUGACAACUCUUUGUACUCUGUUUUUAGGCCAGUGUUCUACCCAAGAACAAGAAUUUUCAUCUAGACCAGUGGUAGUCAACCCUUUUCUACCUACCGCCCACUAAUGCAUCUUUCUUGAUGGAAAAAUUUCCUUACCGCCCACCAGUUUUCGCGCAAGCGCAGAAUAUUUUUUAGAAAGAGGGUGUUUUAAAAAUAAAUGUACGUACAUUUAUCUUUUUAUUUCUACUUAAUGCGUGUUUAUAAUGUUUUUAACCUUAUAAAGUUUGAUGAGAAAACAAUAAAGUAAAUUGAAAUUACCUUUACUAGUGAUUAAUGAGAUCCUUGAGGCUGAUGCUGCGAGACUAAAUGUUUGAUAUCUGGUUCGAUUUUCGUAAGGAACAAACGAAGGUCUCCUCUUUUGGUGAUAUUCAGACGGUUUCUCUGUUUGCUCAUAAUAUGAUUAACAGCACUAAAGCCUGAUUCUACAAGAUAUGUGGUAGGGAAAGGUAUCAAUAAAUUGAACAUCAUUUUCCACAUAUUUGGAUAUAACGCAGGCAUUUUUUUUUUAUUUUGCCAGAGUUUUUGGUAUCCACCACUGCCAAAAUUACAAAAGUAAUUACUACUUUUACUUUUACGUUUUGAUCUGCAAUCCACACAGUGCUUUUUUCCCUCCUCUUUUCCCUUUUAUUACUAACACCAAAAACAAUGCUGUAUUAGGUGCCAAUUUUUAUUAAAUGUCACCAUCAAAAGAAAUUCCUUUUCCUGCCUGCUUCUUUACCUUCCUUAUAGUAUAUCACUAUAUCAAGGAUCUCUUUUUCCUUUUUUUUUUUUAUUUUCUCCUUCCUUUUUCUUUUAUUUUAUAAGAUAACAAAACUUAAUUUGAGCCAGACUAAACACUGCUUACUCUCCUUUAUUUUAUCCCCUUUUCUCUAUUUUUCUUCCUUUUUUUUUUUUUUUAUCUUUUCCUUUUUAUCUCCUUUCUUUUACGUUCCUGAGGUACAAAAGUAAGGCUGAGCUAGUAAGCCAACUUAUUAUUAUUAGCCAACAAUUCUCUUUCUCUUGCCUAUAACUUUUCUUUUGCAACUGCUCUGCUCAUUUUCUCUGUCCCUGCCUCAGUUUCCUCUCCUCCCCUUCCUCUUCCCACGUAUUUGCGUGCACUCGCUCCUGCCCGACCCCUUCUCGCACAAAAGGAGGUUGAUUGAUGUGUGCGCUCGCACCUGCUCGCUCAAAAGGAGGUUUUAACCUCCAAAGUCCCUACCGCCCACCUGGAAUCCCGAAACGCCCACUAGUGGGCGGUAGGGACCAGGUUGAUGACCCAUGAUCUAGACCGAUUUCCUUGAGUUUGAACACUAACCUAUUGUGGGGAACUGUAUCAAAUGCCUUGGCAAAAUCCAAAUAGAUCACAUCCACUGCAACACCCUGAUCUAUACUUCUACUUACUUCUUCGUAGAACGCAAUCAAGUUAGUUUGACAUGACCUGUGCUUUAUAAAACCGUGCUGAUUUUUGCUGAUAACCAUGUUCUUCUCAAGGAAUUCUUGAAUAUUAUCCCUUAAUAACCUUUCAAAUAUUUUCCCAGCCACAGAAGUUAAGCUCACAGGUCUAUAAUUUCCAGGCAAGGAUUUUGAACCCUUUUUGAAUAUAGGAACCACAUCUGCCUUCCUCCAAUCCUCCGGAACACUUCCUGAAAGAAAAUAAUCUUGAAAGAUUAAAAACAGAGGUUCACUUAUUUCUACACUUAGUUCCUUAAGUACUCGUGGAUGGAUACUGUCAGGCCCUGGAGCUUUGUUUAUAUUAACUUUCUUUAGUUGUUGCAGCACCUUGUCUUGAGUUAACCAAUUACAAUUAUUCUGCAAGUUUUUAGUAGCAAUCAUUUGCACAUCUAUUGCCAUGGGUUCUUCCUUAAUAUAUAUGGAGGAGAAAUAGUUAUUUAAAAUUCCUGCCUUUUCCUGGUCUUCAUUAACUAACACCCCCGUUUCAGUUUUUAGUGUACCUACACUUUCAUUUUUUUUUUUUUUUAGAAUUUAUGUACUUAAAAAAUGCUUUGGGGUUGGUUUUGCUCUCUUUAGCUAUCAUUUUUUCAUUUUGAAGUUUAGCAAGUCUAAUUGCCUUUUUGCACGCAUUAUUUGCUUCCUUAUAUCUUUUAUAAGAUGCAUCUGAUUUGUCCGAUUUAAAUGCUUUAAAUGCCCUUUUCUUAUUUUUAAUCUCUUGUUUUACUUCUCUACUAAGCCACAUUGGUUUUAAUUUGUUUCUUUUAUAUUUAUUUCCCAAUGGUACAUACUGAGAAAUGUACCUUUCUAAUAUUUGUUGGAAGAUGAUCCAUUUAUCCUCAGUGUUCUUUUCACUAAAGAGUUUAUGCCAGUCAAUAUAUUGUAAAGCUGCCCUUAACUUAUUGAAAUUGGCCUUUUUAAAAUUAUAUGUUUUAGUAUACCCCAUGUGCUUUUGUUUUUUUGAGUUUAUUUCAAAGGACACUAUAUUGUGAUCACUAUUUCCCAAGUGCUCACCUACUUGAAUGUUGGUCAAAAGAUCAACGUUGUUUGUUAAAACCAGGUCCAGACAAGCAUCCAUUCUAGUUGGUGCUUGUACAAGUUGUGACAUGAAGGUGUCAUUUAACAAGUUUAAAAACCUAAUUCCUUUUGCUGAGCUACUAGUCCCUCUGUCCCAAUUUAUGUCCGGGUAAUUAAAAUCUCCAAUAAUUAAAGUGUUACCCAGAUUUGCAGCUUUCUCAAUUUGCUCAAACAGCUGUUGUUGUUCCUCGUCAAUAUUAACAUCAGGUGGUUUAUAACAUAUCCCAACCAAUAAUUGAUUUCCCUUCGUUUGCCCCAAGCCGAUAUCUACCCAUAAAGCUUCCACAUUUUCCUCAUUGCAUUCCACUUGCUUUAAAUCAUGGUUGACAUACAAACAUACCCCACCACCCUUCUUGUUUUUCCUAUCCUUCCUAAAUAACGUACACAUUUAAGUUAACUGCCCAUUCAUGUCUCAUCCCACCUGUAGUUGUUCUGGUGACUAUAGUGUUCAUUUAAGUGUAGACCCGUUUUGAGGUGAAGGUGAUUUUUUAAUUUUAUUUUUUAUUUUAUUUUUAAUAUUAAAAUAUAUAUAUAUAUAUAUAUAUAUAUAUAUAUAUAUAUAUAUAUAUAUAUAUAUAUAUAUAUAUAUAUAUAUAUAUAUAUAUAUUAUAAAAAAAUAUUAAAUUUUUUUUUUUAACAUGGUUUCCAGUUUUCCUUUUUACUCUUUACAGUGACACCCACGUGAUUUUGUUUUUUAUUUUACAGUUUCUUUGUUUUUUUUAAUAAUAAAUGCCACCAACAGAAGUAGCACAAGUGACAGCAUUGCUGGUUUGACAUUUUACAUUGAAUAAGUUCUAACCAUAUCUGCUGUAAAAUGACUGAAAUUAAAUUACUGCAAAGGUUACAAUUUAGAAUGUAUACCAGGACUAGGACUAAAUAUGUACAUUUUAUGACUAUACUCUGCCAUUACAUGGUUAUCCUAUGCUUAUAUUCCAAUAGCAAGGAGUGUACUAGAUUAUAUUGUCAGGAUUAUGUACUAAAGUAAGAGUUCAAGAUGAAUUUGAAACUCAAGGACAGGGUAGAUGAGCUGAAAGCAUAGCUGAGUUACAGAAUAUUUCCAAUGACGGACAUUGUAAGCACCAAAACCUUAGCUUAAUGAAGCAGUGUUGGUGUAUAGAUCAUGCCUCUGCAGUCUCACUGCUGAUUUUUCUGCCAUUUAGGUCUUCUAAACGCCUCCUAUAAUGAGAUGUAAUGUUUAAAGUUAAUUUCUUCUGUUUAUAUUGCACAUUCUCUUUGGUUUAUAUUUUCUUAUCUACUGCUCUGUUAAUAACACUGUAGACCAUGUAGCCUCCAACUUACAGAGCAGGAGAGAGGAAAAAAAAUAAGAAAUUCUAGAGCAAGGUAACAUCUGAUUUGAGCAGUGAGGCUGCAUGUGGUAUGAUCAAUACACCAAAACUGCUUCAUUAAGUUAAACCUGUUUUGAUGUCAAAUUAAACUUUGAUCCCAUACAGGAGGCUCCUGCAGGGUCUAGCAAUCUAUUAAUAGAGCAGAAGAUGCAUUGUGAAUUUAAAAUAAAGGAAGUGUAAACAUUAGAUGACUCUUUACAGGAAGGGUUUAGUAAGGCUGUGUAAGUCUUGUAUGCAGGGAGGUGUUCAUAGGGUUGCAUAAAUGGUGAUUGAACUCCUAAAUGGCAGAAAAUGCACAGUGAGACUGCAGGGGCAUGAUCUAUACAUCAAAAUUGCUUCAUUAAGCUAACAUUGUUCUGGUGCCUAGAAGUUUCAGUAUUUAUCUUUUUCAAAUUUUGUGAUUUGUAUCAAUCAUGAGCAUUGAAAUACUGCAUUUAAAACUUCAACCAUUGUCAUCAAAAAAAUAAAUCGAUAAACCUUUUUAAAAGUUGCAAUUACCUGUAAUGUUUUAAUCAGAAUAAUACCUAAUGAAGAAACUAGAAUAAAGUGUAAGUUUGUUUUUUGUUUUCUUUUGUUUUAUUUUUAACAGAUCUAGACAACGUGUGGUCUUCUUCAGAAUGACCUCUCCUCAGUGGAUAGCCAUUAAACCCGCGAUGACACAUUGCUACGUUCUGUACAAAACCAGGCCCCGGAAAUCCGUAUGGUUUCACGUGUUCCUGUGUGCUUCUAGGUUUCAGCAUCAAACACCCAGUGGCUACUAACAAACUGCUUAGAUGUCUAGAGAGAACAGGCAGAAUCAUGUUGUCUUGUUCACCAACUCAUCCAUAUUAACCCGCAUGGUUUGGGCCCCUCCUAGAACUUCCAGUCCCCGUUCCAUCGCAUCAGCUUACAAACCUUACCGCGUCUGGACAAAGAUGUCUGUGGAGUGGCUGACUGACUGGAGCUGUUUGCUGAAUGGACUUCGUGACUUGAUUGCUGGUACCAUCCAAGCUGUUCGAGACUGCAACACUCUCGCACUAACCACCAUAAUCUGCCUCUUGCUGUUGUUUGUAUGGUACUGUUAUCGAGUUGGUAAGGAUCAACCCCGUUCUCCCUUUGCCACUGUGAAUUUACUUAUCCAGAGUUCAGAAGCCAAAGGCUUGCAGAACGGGUUUGCUUACUGUAACUCACGUGAUUGUGUACGCUGUACCCAUAACAGUGGACUGAACUCAAGACUCUAUCACAAUCUACAGGAAUACGCCAAGAGGUACUCCUGGUCUGGCAUGGGCAGAAUCCAUAAGGGCAUUCGUGAGCAAAGUCGAUAUAUAAAUGACAGGCCAUCCAUACAAAAACCAGAGGUUUUCUUCCUUCCUGAUUUACCCACAAUGCCCUAUUUUCCUCGGGAUAUCCAAAAGCAUGAUGUGGAAUUGCUAGAGCAAAACUUUGCCAUCAUCCUUAGUGAAUUUGAAGCAAUCUAUAAAGCAUUUUCAAACUGCAGUUUGCCCCAAGGCUGGAAAUUAAACAGUACCCCUACCGGGGAUUGGUUAACAUUUUAUCUGGUCAACCAAGGUAAUGCAAUUGACAAAAAUUGCAAGAAAUGCCCACGGACGUACCGUUUGCUUGGAAAUCUUCGCACCUUCAUUGGCAACAAUUUGUUUGGGAAUGCUUGUAUGUCUGUGCUAACGCCUGGCACUGUUAUCACAGAGCACUAUGGACCAACCAAUAUCAGGAUAAGAUGCCAUUUAGGUAUGUCCAAGUAUCUUUGACUUUAUAUUUGAGUUUUCACUUUAAUUACCAAUUUUAUUGAUCCUAUUGGGAUCCCGUGGGGGAAAGGGUCAGUCCUGCAUUGCAGAGUUGUUUUGUGUAAAUUUACUGAACUCCUAAUCCAGCAAGAGCAUUUCUGUCUUGACUUUAUCUCCAUGUGUAUACACCACAUUGGUGGGUCAAACAUUGUUCCAGUGUUUAACCUGUGCUUAAUUUAUUAGUUGCUGUCCAAAACUUUGAGUUCAGACUGCUCUACCCCCUUGCCACAUGUUAAGAAGUAGCUUAUCAAUUUAUUACAUGGCAUUCUGCAAAAGUGUAUUCAGGAGUAAGUUGCAAUGUUCCUCCAUGGGAUGCAUUUAUUUAUGUAGUCAAAUGCACAUACUACUCUUUAGAACAAAAAAAAAAAAAAUUCCCAAGCCUAACUGGGCACGUAUAGUUUCAGUCUAUCCCCAUUUUUUUAUGUGUUGUGCAUUAAAAAUGCAAACUUUCUUUAUCUGAACAACUUCAUGUUGAGGUUAUGAUGCACGGAGUAGUCCUUUAAUUCUUUGUUAUAUUAACUCUUUGGGAGAAUACAUAAUCCUCAACGAGGAUAGAUGAAACCUACUGAAGGCUUGCUUUAUUAAAAUCUCUGGUUCUGCAAACUAUGGCCUAAAUUUAAUUGAUUUGAAAAGUUUACCCAAAGAACGAAAUUGACACGUAAUAUACUGUAAAUUUUGCAGACUAAAGUUUGCCCACCACCACAUUUACACUCCCUACCAGUCCUAUCUGACAAACUAAGCAGAACAUCAUCUCAUAUACUCUACAGUGGGGUUUUGUGUGCCACUAAUACUGUAUGUUUGUAUUUUGUGUAAAAGAGAAAUGCCAGUGACUUGGCAUUUCUCUCUGGCUUCCCAUAGGAAUCAAACUGUUUUGGGGAUUUUCUGGCACCUUCUUACUGGUGACACUUGGUAGGAAAUGCAUUUAAAGGGAUACUAGAAAUGCCAGGAAUAAAAAGCUGUAUUCCUAGCACUAGAGCUACCUCUUUCUCUCUUCUCCCUCGUGCCCCUCCACCAAUAUGAAUAAAUGGUUAAAAACAUUUUAUUUACCUGACUUACCCCAGUGCCGAUAUCCCUCUGCGCAGGGUCGUUGUCUACUCCUCCGACCAUGACGAGUGGGCGCUAAUGUGCGCACGCAUUAGGCCUCCAAAUAAGCAAAGCAUUGAAUCAAUGCUUUCUUUGGGGGUGAAAUCUGAUGCUGGAUGUCCUCAUGCAGAGCACUAAGGGCAAUACGGACACUGCAUCCAGAACACUUUAAUGAGCUAAAGUGGUCUGGGUGCCUAUAGUGUCCCUUUAACACUAUGUUAAUGGGGAACAUAGCAUUAACUUCUAUGAUGUAUCUAGUCAAUUACUAACAAGGGCAUAUGAUGUGGAUGGCAAUGAUCUUGAUUUGCUUAACCCAUUAUGGAUGUAAACCAUUGUCAAAGUUCUAAACUAAAUCAAAACCUAGAACUUGAGCGAAAUGGGGUGUGAAAAAUGUAAGAAACUUUACUGUUUAGCUAUAGUUCUGCCUGGCAUUUUAACAGUGAAUAUCAUAAUAGUGUUGCCUUUCACUGCAAUAAAACACAUGUUGGUAUGCUGUGAUGUCCCACAAGUAAAACAAUGCCCAUGAUCAGAUUUUAUGGUGUUUUUGAAAAGUUACAGGGUUAAAUAUAGGGCUUGUCUAUUUCAGUUUUUACACAUUUGAAUUUGCCAGAUCUGAUCUGGUGCAAUAAACCCUUAGUAUUUGUUUUAAUAUAUAGUUUCACAAAUGUGUCCCCUUUUACAGUUUGUGUGGUGUCCUUUUUAAAAGGAUGUGUCAAGGGUGUUCAAAAUGGCACGUUUCGUGUUUUGGCCGAGCUACUUUAUAAUGACUGCAUAACCUAAACUGGGACAGGCUGAGGUCAAGGGUACCAGAAAUCUGAGUAGAAGGCAUAAGUCUGUACAGGCAGCUGACAAAGGGAUAGGAUAGGCCAAGGUCAGGAAUUAAAGAUAGUUUUCUCAAUUUAAUAGUUUAACUCGGGGCUUGACAAAUCCUAUGGCGCCUAGGAAUUUGGCCUUGGCGCAUGUGAUAUGUGAGCCCGGCGGAAGGAAGUCGGCUGGGGUACUAUGGAGACAGGCGGCAAGUUGGGUGCUCAUGGAGGCAGGCGGCUAGCUGCACGAAUAGUAGGCGGAGCUGUGAUGUACCUGCUCUGCUCCCCCACACGCCGCUUGGUAAGAAAUCAAAUUUCAGCCCUGGUCUCACUGAGCAGCAUGCGGGGGAGCAGGGCAGGGAUAUCACAGCUCUCUCGCUGCCCGCCUCCAUGAUCCCACAGCCGGUCACUUAUUGGACCCCACAGGCAUUGUCUGUCAUAGUGUGUCUAUGGGUCUCUGUCAUGGUGUGUGUGUGUUUAGGUUACCAGACCUCUUCCGUUCUCAAAGGAAUAGUGUUUUUACUGGUGUUUUUGUGUUCUUGUUUUGGUUUUUACGCCAUGCUGGUCUCUCCUCUACUCACCCUGCCUCUUGGGCUGAGAUCAAAUGUUUUCCCAUAGAAUUGGCUGCAAAACGCUGCACCAAUCAGCCUCUCAUCUUGGAUAUGCAUUAAAUCAAUGCAUCUUUAUGGGGAACAUUCAGCGCACGCAGAGCGUGGAGACAUUAAUGGUAGGUGCUGCACACUGUGCAGCACUGACACACAGGAAACGCCUCUAGUGACUAUCUGAAUGAUGGUUACUAUAGGUGUCACUAGGAAGCAAUGCAAGACAAACACACUUAAAAGUGGGUCUGCCACUUACAGGGUUUUUUUUUGAUGCAAAGACCAAAACUGAUGGAUCUUUCUGGUGACUGUGGGGUUCAGGUGAGGAUAGGUUUACCUCAGACAAGCUUGGGCAAAAGAAGUGGAUACAUUUUCUAACCCAUAAUGCAGACUACAAUUUUCCAAUUUCAGUCAAAUGAACAGUAAUUGACACCUUGCAAGGCACUUAUUUAGGAAGAGCCACAAAGAUUGGCAAAAUUAUCGUGUGCAAUUUAUGCAUUUUCAACUGUGCUGGUUUUAUCCAUUGUAUCACUCUCCCGUUAAUGUUCCUUUUUUUUUUUUGUUUGUUUUUUUUUUUGUUUAAUAUCCACAAAAGACUUUAUAGCAAGGUCAGCUUUGAGAAGAGCAUUAAAGCAGGUGUAUAUAUAAUGCUCUCAUGUAGCGUUCAUUUAAAUCUGUCCCCAUGGCAUACAAACAGAAAAUGUAGCACUAAAUAUACAGAAAUGCUGACUUGAAUGGUACUUCUCAUGAAAUUUGCUACUUAUUUUAAUAUUGAAGAAUGUAAAACGCAAAUAAAUAGAGAUAUAUAUAGAUAUAGAUAUAGAUAUAGAUAUAGAUAUAGAUAUAGAUAUAGAUAUAGAUAUAGAUAUAGAUAUAGAUAGAUAGAGAGAUAUAUUAAUAUAUUCUCUAUCUCUAGCAAAUUCCUCUCCCACCUAACUAGCAACCAUCCAUUCAGUGUAUGCUAAAGGUUGAUGUGCAAGAGAACACCGAUGCAGAAGGUUAUCUUGCUUACAGGAACUACAAUGUGUCUGCCAGUAAAUUUAUGACUUAUUCCCUGGCGAGCACAAGACUACAAGCAACUCUUGCUUUACCAGAGGAUUUUUGAAACGGCAGAACAGACGUCAUUCUAUUCACACUCCUUUGCUCUAGCAACACAUCCAGUAUGGUAUUGUCAUAGUAUUUUAUCAGGGCAAACUUUGUCCUAUGCUACUGGGCAAGUGUAAUGGCUAUUUAUCACUGCGAACAGAAAAAUGGCAUUUGCUGUUCACAAAAAUACUAUUUACUGCUUGUUCCAUAAAAAUUAAAAUGCCCUUUUUAUUCCACAAAAUUUUAAAAAUGGAAAUUGCUUGACAUACUGUGAUAAAUUGCAACUUCUGGUCUGGGGCUCUAUAAAGUGUUAGACACAAAAUGCAUAAAGUGUGGUUUUUGGUUCACCAUAAAGCCACUCUGUAUUAAAGGGACACUUUAGUCACCAAACCAACUUUAGCUUAAACAGUUUUGGUAUAUAGAUCAUGCCCCUGCAGUCUCAGUGCUCAAUUCCCUGCCAUCUACGAGUUAAAUCCCUCUUAUUCUUAUACCCUGCCAUGUCAAUAACUUGCUAGACUAUGCAAGAGCUUCCUGUAUGUGAUUAAAGUUCUAUUUACAGAGCAAAAGAUACAAUUGUUUAAAGGACCACUAUAGGCACUCAGCUUAAUGAAGUGGUCUGGGUGCCAGGUCCAUCUAGGAUUAACCCUUUCUACUGUAAACACAGCAGUUUCAGAGCUUUGAGAAUGCUUUCCUAUGAGACUGGCUGAAUGUGAGCAUGGUUAUUGCCACGCAUGCGCAUUCAGCCGAUGACAUCAGAAGAGGGAGGAGAGUCCCAGCGCCGAGGGAGCCCGGCACUGGAAAAAAGGGUAACGGAUUAACCCCUUCCUCCCUCUUCAGCGCCACGGGAGUGGGACCCUGAGGGUGGGGGCACCCUCAGGGCACUAUAGUGGUCCUUUUAAGGUAAAUUACAUCUGAUUGAAAGUGAAACCAGUGGUGAAUUUUUUGUUUUGUUUUUUCAUGCUGGCCUUGUCACUCCUAGCUGGGGAGGUGUGGCAAGGGUUGCAUAAACCAAACAAAGUGAUUUAACUCCUAAAUGGCAGUGAAUUAAGCAGUAAAACCUAAGCGGUAUGAUCUAUACACUAAAACUGCUUCAUUAAGCUGAAGUUGUUUAGGUGACUAUAUAGUGUUCCUUUAAGAAUAUCUGGAUGCUUGCCCUCCAGUGAUUGUGGGAACUGCCUGAAAACCGAGGGAUUGUGACUAAGCGGCUACUAAAAUAGACUGUUUUGUUUUUUUUUGUCUACUUUUGCAAGCCGUGUGUAAUGUUGGUUUCUGGAGUGCCAUAAGAUCUCAAAGACAACAUAGGCCCAGCAAACCAAUCUGGCAAAUGUAAAUGUGUAAAAAGUGAAAAUAUUUUUAACCCUGUAAUUUUCCAAAAUCACUUAAAACUUGUACAUAGGUUACAGUUGUACUUGUGAGACAUUAAACACAAAUGUGAAUUUUAUUGCAGAAAACAAUAUUAUGACAUUCACUGUUAAAAUGCCAUGUAGAACUUGGAAUAUAACAUUCCUUAAUUUAUCAUACUCUUCCCCCCACCCCCUUUCAUAUUGAGUUAUGUUCCAUAAUAUUUGACAAAUAACUGACUAGCCCCAUCCAAUUGUAUUACUGAGGACAUUGAGUGUUAUUAUUGUAAUUUAUAUAGCGCCAACAGAUUCCGAGGGAAUUGACUAUAAAUAGGACAAUUACAAGAAAACUUACAGGAACGAUCGGUUGAAGAGGACCCUGCUCAAACGAGCUUACAGUCUAUAAGAGGUGGGGUAUAAAACACACUAGGACAGGAAUUGUGUGUGGUUUUCUUUGGUGUUUUUUUUUUCUUUUUUCUUUGCUUAAGUUAUGUCUUCACAUAUAUAAAUGACAGAAAAUAUUUCUGAAAACUGGCUUACUACUUACAAUAUUAUGGCACACCAGUGUCUGGGUUGAGAAGUAGACUGUGCACCACAUAAGUCUGUUGUAGAGCACUGUUUGAGGUACAAAUGGGGGCAUUUUAACAAGAUAUGGUGUCCAAUAUAUCAAUAAUUGAUUAGUCCUCAAACACAGUCAAUACUUGUAAUUGGUUGGAUCAAUAUGUGCUAGUUGGUAUUCCCUUUUCAUUAGAUCAUGCCUUCUAUAACAUGAACGGACAUAAAGAUCAUUAGGGCAUUUCUUGCUGUGUCUUGUUUUAACAUAAAUAAUUGUGACUUGUAUUUCUUUGUUUAUAAAAGAUGUACAACUAUAACACAACUAAUAAGGUUUGGAGAUCUGUGUUAAUCGCAUUAGUCAUUAAUCUCUCUCAUUGUACUGUUUGGUUAACUGGAUUGGUCAAAUGUAGAUGACCAGUCCAUAGCAUCAAUGCCUUCAUCUUGCAGGAACUGCUGACACACUCCAGCCACAUGAGGUCUAGCAUUGUCGUGCAUUAGGAGGAACCCAGGGCCCAACCGUACCAGCAUAUGGUCUCACAAGGUGUCGGAGGAUCUCAUCUCGGUACCUAAUGGCAGUCAGACUACCUCUGGCUAGCACAUGAAGGGCUGUGCGGCCCCCCCAAAGAAAUGCCACCCCACACAUUACUGACCCACUGCCAAACCGGUCAUGCUGGAGGAUGUUGCAGGCAGCAGAACAUUCUCCACGGCGUCUCCAGACUCUGUCACAUGUGCGCAGUGUGAACGUGCUUUCAUUUGUGAAGAGCGCAGGGCGCCAGUGGUGAAUUUGCCAAUCUUGGUGUUCUCUGACGAAUGCCAAACGUCCUGCACGGUGUUAGGCUGUAAGCACAACCCCCACCUGUGGACGUCGGGCCCUCAUAACACCAAAGGAAUCUGAUUCUGACCGUUUGAACAGACACAUGCACAUUUGUGGCCUAAUGGAGGUAAUUUUGCAGGGCUCUGGCAGUGCUCCCCCUGUUCCUCCUUGCACAAAGGCGGAGGUAGCGGUCCUGCUGCUGGGUUGUUGCCCUCCUUCAGCCUCCUCCACGUCUCCUGAUGUACCGGCCUGUUUCCUGGUAGUACCUCCAUGCUCUGGACACUCCGCUGACAGACACAGCAAACCUUCUUGCCACAGCUCGCAUUGAUGUGCCAUCCUGGAUGAGCUGCACUACCUGAGCCACUUGUGUGGGUUGUAGACUCCAUCUCAUGCUACCACUAGAGUGAAAGCACCGCCAGCAUUCAAAAGUGACCAAAACAUCAGCCAGGAAGCAUAGGAACUGAGAAGUGGUCUGUGGUCACCACCUGCAGAACCACUCCUUUAUUGGGGGUGUCUUGCUAAUUGCCUAUAAUUUCCACAUGUUGUCUAUCCCAUUUGCACAACAGCAUGUGAAAUUGAUUGUCACGCAGUGUUGCUUCCUAAGUGGACAGUUUGAUUUCACAGAAAUGUGAUUGACUUGGAGUUACAUUGUGUUGUUUAAGUGUUCCCUUUAUUUUAUUUUUAUUUUUUGGGGGGGGGGGGGUCCUGUUGCCAUUCAUCUGUAAGGCUUUCCACAAGGUUCUGACUGUCUGUUGGAAUUUGUUCCCAUUUAACUGAAAGAGGGUUUGUAAAAUCACACUACACUAUUUUAUUUCCUCCACACCAGUCUUGUUCAACUGUGUCUUUACGAACUUUGUUGUGCACAUGAGCAGUCAUGUCGGAACAAAGGGCUUUCCCCAAAUCAUUGCCACAAACUUGGAAGCAACCAGUCUUAUUUUGUACCCUGUAGCAUUAGGAUGACCUUCACUGGAACUGAGGGGCCUAGGCAUAACACUCGUGGAGGUCAUGGUGGCUUUGUUGCAAACCUUACAGUAGGCCCUAUGCAUUAUAGUAGUGGUACUCAGCACACCCAGAUUCUUCUGAGAUGCUAGAUUAUAAGUUCUAUUUUACUUGGAAAGUUAUAAUUUUUAUUACAUUUGUAUUUCAGGAAUACCUACAUGCUGGUGGCACUCAUUUGAACUUGCCAUCGGAGUACCUCUUCAACUUCUGCCUUACAAAAUAGAACUCUUAGAUAACUGCCUCCCAUAAAGUAAAUUUUGCUGCCAUCAAACCUGAGCCAUACCCUCAAUGUCUUUUUUUGUGCUGUUUCAUUCCGCUUUCUUUCACUACUCCCCUUUAGCAAAUUACUAUACAGUGCAGUCUUCAUGUUAAUAAUACAACUCUCACAUACCCAUUUCUUACAAAAGAGGCAAUCAGACUUGUCUCUGCACUUCUUGUCUCCCACUUGGUUUACUGUAGCCCACUCUUCUUGAUCUUGAAUUACUCCUUAGUCUAUAUUACAUUCCGUUGUCAGAUUUACUGUCUCUUGAAUCUCACCCCUUACACGAAGAUGUAAAAAAGUCAAAACAUUUAUAUUCAGUGGUAUAAUGUAGUUUGCCGUCAGUAACUCUUUACAGUCCACAUACAUUAAUUGCUUAUAUGUAACCAUUGGGAGUGUCAUUUUCAUCAUGGGUACAUGGCAAAAUAAGGCUGUUACAAGUAAGCACCUGUUACAAGCUGUCUGAAAUAAUUUACAUCAACUUGACUUUUUCACCUCUUCUUGCUUUAAAAAAAAUUCCAUAAAAUAAAAGCAGGCCAGGUUGCAUGUUGCAGUAAUAGGUUUUUGUGUUAUCCACUUACUUUUGUAAGUGUGUUGCUUUAGAACUUUAAGGGAACAUUCUGGGCACCAUAACCACUUAAUCGGAAUUAAGUUGUUGUUAUGCCUGAAGUUACUUCACACCGCUUACCUGUAGGGGUUAAACAAGCAGUUCCCAAACUGUGUGCUGGGGCGACGCAAUGUGUACACAGGGACACUGCAAAUGUUUCCUCGAUGCUAUGUUUAUAGCACUGGGAAACAUAACUGCUGAACAGGGGGCCCAGUCGGGUCCUUUUUAAGACCAUGACCAGGCCCUUGUAGUGUCUGCCAGCAGGGAGGAAGUAACAGCCUGUCACAUUCUCCCAGCUUUGUGCAGGUUGUGAGAGGAGGGAUCCUCAGCAUGAGGGGUGAGGAGCACUCCCGGAGCUGCCCCAGACCCCUCACUCCCACCAGCCAGCAGGACCAGGACUCCGUUACCCUCCUGGACACACCAGGUAAGCCAACAGGAGGAUGACCCGCUGGAGAUAUAUACACGCAAUUAUUUAUUUUUAUAUCCGGGUGUGUUUUUGUGUCAUGGUGUGUAUGUAUCUGUCACUGCUUGGAUGUAUACACACAUACCAACACACUCCUGCAAUCGAACACAAAUAUUUACAUACAAACACACUCCAGCUGAGCAUCUUUAGUAAUACAGCGUAUGUGAUAUCAACUAGUUUAAAAAUUAAUUAUGCCAUGAAGCCUUCCUUCCAUUCUGAAUACAUUGCGUUCUAUAUUGUGCCAGUGUCAUCUAGACUUUAACCCCUUAAGGACACAUGACAUGUGUGACAUGUCAUGAUUCCCUUUUAUUCCAGAAGUUUGGUCCUUAAGGGGUUAAGUAUGUUGGAGAAAAAUCCUAUUCACCUUAAUUCUAACACUAUCACUGACUUGUGUGUUUUACAUUACUGUAAAAUAUGUUGGAUAUCUAUAAAUGUACAAAUAAGCCAAAGAUCUCCUUUAUCUCGGUCUGUUUUCCCCACCUGGUCUAUUAUCCCAGAACAUGGCACAGUCAAUGACUGUGCUUGACAAAGGAAGCUGCAGUGGUAGAGACUGCAGUGUUUAACCCCAUUGUGACUGAAGGUUUUCCAGUUUCCCUGAAUGAACAGAAUCCGAUCUGGUGUAUUCGCUAUGUGCUUAUGCCCUUAUUAGGAAUUCUGUUUGAUUCUAGCAGAUAUAAUAUAUGGUAAAGGAUCGAUGGGAUUUAGCUCUAAAAGAAACAGUUUCAGAAUUUUGGUAUGCUGCAACUGUAGGUUUCAUAGCACUUUCUAAAUUCAGAAUUACUACCAUUUUUAAAGUACUUUUUUGACAGUAUUUAUAAAAGUUUAGCACUGCUCUCUACCAUAUCAAUAAACACAAAACAAACCGCUUGUGUUCAGCUACAUUCCUUUGCUAUAGCAAACAUACCCAUGUGUGUCACUGUUUUGAGAAGUUAAAGUACUAAAAACUUGUAACUUAUAGCAAGCAUGUUAAACUUGCAGCCCACAAUGAAUAUAUUUGUGGCCCGUCUGUGAUGUGGCUGCGACCAGCCGCAAGACAGGAAAGAUAUAUAUUUCCUGUCUGAUUCUUGCCUUCCCUCCCACAGCCACAAUAGAGCAGUGUGUCUGUCUCUCUGCAGAGCAGGCCAGCCACUCCCCCUUCGAGCAUCUGGCCUGCUUGCAGAGAAGAGCAGGGCUGGCUCAUCAUAACGGAACACUAUAGUCACCUAAACAACUUUAGAUUAAUGAAGCCGUUUUGGUGUGUAGAUCAUGCCUAUCAUGUUUCACUACUCAAUCCACUACCAAUUGGGAGUUAAAUCACUUUGUUUCUGUUUAUGAAGACCUUCCCUGGCUCUGACACCGCCUGCGUGGGAAAAAAACACUAGUUUCACUUUCAAUCAAUGUAAUUUAACGUAAACAAUUGUAUCUUUUUUGCUCUGUAAAUAUAACUUUAAUCACAUACAGGAGGCUCUUGCAGGGUCUAGCAAGUUAUUGACAUGGCAGGGGAUAAGAAAAUCUAAAUUAAACAGAACUUGCAAUAAAGCAAGGAUAAAGUGUUUAGGAAGGCUGUGCAAGUCACAUGCAGGGAGGUGUAACUAGGGUUCAUAAACAAAGGGAUUUAACUAUUAAAUGGCAGAGGAUUGAGCACUGAGACUGCAGGGGCAUGAUCUAUAUACCAAAACUGUUUAAGCUAAAGUUGUUUUCGUGACUAUAGUGUCCCUUUUAAGGUAGGAGAAGAGGGGUUUGGGGAACCUUACUGUGUAGUGUUAAAUUGGGGAGGGCAAGGGUUUCUUUCUUUGAAGGAGGCAGGGGGCUGGAGUAGGCCAACUUAUUAAAUUGGGGAGAGGGGCAUUUUUGUGUUUGUGUAGUGGUUUUUGUUUUUGUGGGGUUUUUUUUCAGGGAGGGAGCCAGUGUAUUAGUGGUGGGAUGGGUGGGGAGGCAACCAGUGUGGGGAUGGGGGGGGUGGGAGGGGGGUGGAUUAAGGAGGCAGGGGCAGUGUAUUGGGCAAUUGCAACACAUGCACAAUAGCCUCCCAAUGCUUUCCUAUGGGAAAGCAUUUGACUGAGAGCAAAAAGUUUGAACUCUGCCAAAGUGAACACACUCAUAGGACUUCAAAAUUAAAAGAUAAUGUAAUUUGUUUUUUAUAGAUGUGCAACAGCAUGCAUUCACAAUUUAAGUCCCAUUAAAAAAAAAAAAACCUUUUUAAUAUAUCAAGGUAGUUGGACUGAAUCAUUGGUUAUAUGUAAAUGCAUGUCUCCUUAAAAUUCAAUCUUUUGUUUACUUUGAAGCCCUACAAGCAUGUUGACGUCCAGUGUCAGUCAACUUUUUUUUAUACUGUAAUUUUUUUUUUUUUUUUUUAAAUAAGCCUAUGUUUCUACGAAAACUGAUUUUUUUUGUGGCCCACAAACUAAACCUUGUUUAUUUAAGACAGAGUAGCAAGCAUCCUGUAUUAAACAGGACACCAUUAGGGCAUACCAUGGGUAAAUGUGAACAUCCAGGAUAUCCACAUUAGGGUAUUUUUCCUCAAUUGUUAUGUAGACACUGCAUUUUUUUUUUUGUUUUGUUUUUUUUUUCCUCCCUCCUCCUCUGCUCCAAGAAAGCUCAUCAAAAGUACGGUAUGUGGUAUGGAUGUAUUUAAGGCAAUUGCUUUCUCUAUAAUUUGUUAUGUUAAACUUAUCAGUACACUGCCAGGCGACCCGUACAGUAUAUUUGAUGGACCAAGGUUGGAUACCCCUGCUAGAGAAGCAGUCUCUAGUGUUACAAUUGUAUGGAGUCCUCUGCUGCUGUCUUAUUCAGUGUUUAGCUUGUACCGCAGUGGGUGGCUGUGAUGGACUGAAAGUGUCAGCUGACAAUCAGUGGCCAUUGCUAGUAUGAGUAGGUAUGGCUACCCUUUUGUCCCUAUACCCCACUCCCUCUAGUAUUUGAGCAGGGCCCUCAACCCCCUCUGUUCUUGUGUGUCCAACAUCUCUGGUUACAAAUGUUUGUCCACCCAUUGCACAGUGCUGCAGAAUCAGUUGGUGCUUUAUAAACCCCAAAAAGCUUAACAUAUUUUUCCUCAAAAUAAUUUUCCACCUGUGUUGCAUUUUAAAGGUUUAAAAAUCCCAGGAAACUGUGAGCUGGUGGUGGGUGGAGAACCGCAAUGCUGGGCAGAAGGACACUGUCUAUUAUUUGAUGACUCUUUCCUGCAUACUGCUUAUCAUGAAGGUAGGUUGUUGACCUCCGAAUAUAUUACUGUUACUUUUGCGUAUGUGUAUGUGUGUAUAUUCUCUCCAUAUCCCCUAGCUAGUUCUAAAGAAAUUAACUUUUCAACUGUUGACCUAAACAGAAUUGUCUGCUGUAACCUCUAUAACAUUAAACUGAAUAAUGGACCAAAAAAAGAAGCGUGAAAAGAGAUAAAGGCAAAGGAAUGACAAGUUAAUUUUGUGUCAUUCUAAAAUUGGAGAAUGAAUCUGUAGGAGGUUUGAGCAUUUAAAUCGCCACACUACAAUAACCUUGGAUGAAGGAUUAAAAAAUGAUUCUAUAACAUAGAUUUAUAUAGCGUAUCAUAUGUUGGAAAUAUGCAAAUUACCAUGUAUCAUUUACAUUAUAUAUGUAAAUGGAAUUAUGCUCCCUAAUACACAUUUCACCAUUAUGUAUGUAUAUAUACUGCUCAAAAAAAAAUAAAGGGAACACAAAAAUAACACAUCCUAGAUCUGAAUGAAUUAAAUAUUCUUCUGAAAUACUUUCUUUACAUAGUUGAAUGUGCUGACAACAAAAUCACACAAAAAUUACAAAAUGGAAAUCAAAUUUUUCAACCCAUGGAGGUCUGGAUUUGGAGUCACACUCAAAGUUAAAGUGGAAAAACACACUACAGGCUGAUCCAACUUUGAUGUAAUGUCCUUAAAACAAGUCAAAAUGAGGCUCAGUAGUGUGUGGCCUCCACGUGCCUUUAUGACCUCCCUACAACGCCUGUGCAUUCUCCUGAUGAGGUGGCGGAUGGUCUCCUGAGGGAUCUCCUCCCAGACCUGGACUAAAGCAUCUGCCAACUCCUGGACAGUCUGUGGUGUGACGUUGGUGGAUGGAGCGAGACCUGAUGUGCUCAAUUGGAUUCAGGUCUGGGGAAUGGGCGGGCCAGUCUAUAGCAUCAAUGCCUUCGUCUUGCAGGAACUGCUGACACACUCCAGCCACAUGAGGUCUAGCAUUGUCUUGCAUUAAGAGGAACCCAGGGCCAACCGCACCAGAAUAUGGUCUCACAAGGUGUCGGAGGAUCUCAUCUCGGUACCUAAUGGCAGUCAGGCUACCUCUGGCGAGCACAACAUGGAGGGCUGUGCUGCCCCCCCAAAGAAAUGCCACCCCACACCAUUACUGGCCCACUGCCAAACCGGUCAUGCUGGAGGAUGUUGCAGGCAGCAGAAUGUUCUCCACGGAGUUUCCAGACUCUGUCACAUGUGCUCAGUGUGAACGUGCUUUCAUCUGUGAAGAGCACAGGGCGCCAGUGGCGAAUUUGCCAAUAUUGGUGUUCUCUGUCAAAUGCCAAACGUCCUGCACGGUGUUAGGCUGUAAGCACAACCCCCACCUGUGGACGUCGGGCCCUCAUACGACCCUCAUGGAGUAUGUUUCUGAAAGUUUGAGCAGACACAUGCACAUUUGUGGCCUGCUGGAGGUCAUUUUGAAGGGUUCUGGAAGUGCUCCUCCUGUUCCUCCUUGCACAAAGGCGGAGGUAGCGGUCCUGCUGCUGGGUUGUUGCCCUCCUACAGCCACCUCCACGUCUCCUGAUGUACUGGCCUGUCUCCUGGUAGUGCCUCCAUGCUCUGGACACAGCAAACCUUCUUGCCACAGCUCGCAUUGAUGUGCCAUCCUGGAUGAGCUGCACUACCUGAGCCACUUGUGUGGGUUGUAGACUCCAUCUCAUGCUACCACUAGAGUGAAAGUACCGCCAGCAUUCAAAAGUGACCAAAACAUCAUCCAGGAAGCAUAGGAACUGAGAAGUGGUCUGUGGUCACCACCUGCAGAACCACUCCUUUAUUGGGGGUGUCUUGCUAAUUGCCUAUCAUUUCCACCUGUUGUCUAUCCCAUUUGCACAACAGCAUUUGAAAUUGAUUGUCACGCAUUGUUGCUUCCUAAGUGGACAGUUUGAUUUCACAGAAGUGUGAUUGACUUGGAGUUACAUUGUGUUGUUUAAGUGUUCCCUUUAUUUUUUUGAGCAGUGUAUAUUUUUAAGUUAGGGUUUGUAUUAUAGGGUUGAACUACAUAUUCAAUAGUUAAGGGUUAGGAGUAGUGCUAGUGUUUGCAUUGUAUAGGCGUUAAAAGGAGAUGUUUACUACUAGGGCAUUAGUGGUGAUACAUGCAGGGCCGUCUUUAACACUGGGAAGCUGCCCUGAGCCCUUUUACUUCUAGGGGGCCCAAGGCAGCUGCCCUGAACUACUUUCUUCUCCCCCACCCAUGGGCCCCUGGUGCAUCCUGAGGACGCACACAAGGAGGCCCAUCGGUUGGCCCAUGCACUAAAGGCCACCUGGUGGGAGUUUGUAAGCAUGGACCCUGUCACACGCAGUGUCCCUUCAACAGCACGACCGUGCCCCUUUGCUUUUUGGUAGCUUGGGAGGAAGUGACUGCCGUGAGUCACUUCCUCCCCGAGAGCCGCGUGGGAGAGACCACACCAGGGAAGCGGAGAGGAGGGGGGCUGGUCCAGAUUGCCAGUCUGUAACCCCCAAAAGCCUCAGCCACCACUCUUAAACCUACCUUUCUGCUUCCCUGGUGUCCAAAGUGUGAAUGUGUCAGUAUGUCUGUGUGUGUCAGUAUGUCUGACAGUUUAUGUGUGUGUGUGUGUCAGGUUGUCUGUCAGUAUAUCUGUCUGGGUGUGCCAGCGUCUGUCUGUCUAUGUAUGUAUGUGAAAGGUGUUUGCAUGCCAGGGAGUGCCCUGGGGGCCCAAGAAAAUGAUUUGCACAUGGUCCUAGUGAUAUUAAAGACAGCCCUGGAUGUGUUAGUUAUGGUUGGGAAAUAUUCCACCUGAAGUCUGUGGAUAAUUAUUGCAAUGUUAAACACAAAUCUGCACACCAGUCAAGCCAUAAGACUUUCUUUUCCCACAGAAAUCAGUGAUGUUACUUCCGAGAAGUAUGCAAAUUAGUUUGACAAAAAAUAAAGUUUUUGCCUCAUUCCAUUUUAAACUUUGAGUCUUGUUUGCUGUAUACAACAGCUUUGAAACACAACUUAGGAAACAAUGCAAAGCCAGCAAACAACUCGUGGACAGAUGUUUCAUUGUUAAUGCAAAUCAUCAGCAUGAGGUUGGUUGUGGGAAAAGCAAAUCUUAUGGCUUGAUUUUUAAUUUUUUUAUUUUUUUUUAACAUUGGAUUAAAAAAUGUAUAUCUACAGUACAAAAUGGUCUCCAUGUAUUGCCAAUUUAUCUAAGCAUGGACAGAUGCAUAUAUCUGAAAAGGGUUCCAAAGUAUCUCAGAGAUUACACAUACAAUGCAACAUUUUUUGAUUGCGAUUUUUUUUAAGGCGAGGCAUGGAUCACAUUAACACGUGCUUUUUGUGAAAUAGCAGACAAACUGUUUGAAUUCAUUUUAGAAGUCUAAGUAGCUGUAACACACUCCUCCUCCAGUUUUGUUUCAUAAAUUGAAUGCCAGGAUUGCAAAUUUCCAACUCUAAUUGGUUUUGCUAUUGGCAUAGGGUUUCACGAACAAUACAAUGUGUUUAUUAAUGGCAAUCUGCAAUAACCAAGAAGUUAGCGUUUAGACUACCUAUUUGUGGUCUUUAAGUGGGGGCUGUGUGUGUGUGUGUGUAAUUUGUAUGCUUUAUGUAUCACUAAUUUAGGAUCAGCAGACGAAGGACCUCGUGUGAUUUUCAUGGUUGACCUGUGGCACCCCAAUGUGGCAGCAGCUGAACGUCAAGCAUUGGAUUCCAUAUUUGCUCCUGGACGCUGAGCCACUCAUGCAACCAAACAUCAAUGCUCAUGGAAAUUUGCCUCAAAAGAAAAAUGAAGACGAAAAAAAAGCUUGUUUCAAAAGUCAUUCUCUGUAUAUGAACUACAUCUUAUGUUAUCUAUUUAACCAUUGGCUUCUCCAUAAGUUUACAUUGUAGAUUUGAUAUGAACAAGAUGUAUAUUCUUCAACUUGCAAUUCUCUUACACUCCACCGAGGGGAGCACCUGAUGUGGAAGCUACAGACUUAUAGCACCAUAUUGACUAAACAGCACAAACCAAUCUUCAGCUUAAAGGCUUAUUAAAGAAAGGAAAAAUCUAAGGGGAAAGGUAUAUAGAAGAUUUCAGGGAAUGGCUGGGUUUCUACUGCAUUUCUAACUUUCGUUCUUCCCUUUACAAGGUUUACCAAGGAUUGUAUUCGCUCAUAUCGCAGCUAGUCUGAUAUUUCCCAUUCUUUACUAGAAUGCUGCCCUACUAUAUAGUAUGUGUCCUAUUGCUACUGUAUGUUUAUAAUACUCAGAAAAAAAUUGAAUAGGAAGUGACAGAAAGCAAUGUAUUGACUUGAACAAUCCAAUGUCGUUCUCAGGUUCACGUCAACAACUGUUCAACCAUUGGAUUACCUGUUUUGUCAUGUUUGGGGUGAUCACACCUUGGUUAAACAUGGCAGUCAUAUUGGAGAUGCUUCACUCAACUUAAUGACUAGAAAUAUUAACAAGUUUUGUUUUUUGUUGUUUUUUUUAGGACAUUUAACUACAGUCUAUGUAGCCAUGUCUUUAGAAUGCACUUGUUAAAGAAAAAAUAAAAUUAAAAAAAGUUCUCAAGUGGUCCAGCUUUCUAAAGACUCAUUUUUGAACUCACGGAGUACUUCUUAAAAGAUCUUUAGAUAUAUUGAAGAUUAAGUGCUCACUUUAGACUUGUGGGCAAUAAAAGGGCUUGGUCAAGCUUAAUUUUUAAGGAACUUCAGAGAUAUAUCUUUAUCUGACCAAAGUGUGCUGUUUUUGUUUUGGAUUAUUUUUUUUUAGUAUUUUUUUUUUAAUAAGGGAAUGUUUCAGGUGUGUAUCUGGUGCUUUGGUUCCAGAUUUAAGGAUCUCUGUUUUUGGUGGUUGAAAAACAGCCAUUUUGUCUUUAAUGUGGAAACAAUCCCAUAUGUUGUCUUGUACUAUCACAGUGCAACUGACUCCAUUUUGUUCUGUAAAAUAAAAAUAAAUGUCUACCAGAUACAA